UCUGUCCCUCGGAGCGGGAGGGAGCAAAGUGGAUCGCACUCGCGUGCACCAUUGGGUGCAGCAUACGCCUGUUCGUCCAUCGCCGAGCCUCUCUGCCCCUGCCGGAGGAGAUCGCUGACCGUGGACUCGGAACCCCACCAUCCACCGCCACCACCCCCCCCCCCCCACCAAACCCCACACACCGGGUCGCGACAAACGCUCAGUACGAUUCUUCUUCGUUGCGACACAUCCGAUAAGAAGAACCGCACGAGACUCCAGUGCAAGUCCUCGCCAGGCUUACCGUCACCACCGCACCUCCUCACCCCCCCCGCCCCCCAUCCCUCCGCCGUCGAGCGACCCGCUCGGCCGGCGCCAUGGCCCUCCUUCCAAAGACUCCAUCGCCGCUGCCCGCCAUCGUUUUGCUGGCACUCGUAGCCAGCGCGUGGGCAGCCAGCCUGACGGUGGAGACGCACCGGCACGAGCCGGGCGGCCUCGGCGCCGCCCCACACGACUUGCCGUACCGCAACCUGACCAUGGGCGGCGGCUCGGACGACCAGCAGCAGCAGCCCAUCGUCUUCCACCACGUCUACAACAUCAAUGUCCCGCCGGGAUCGCUGUGCGCCGUCGACCUGGACGCGGGCCCCCCCGACGGCGCCGGCUCCGACUCCCGGCCCGUGGUCGGCAGCGGCAGCGGCGACGGCGACAUCGGCGGCGGCGGCGAGUCAGACCUGGGCACCGUCACGCAGAAGACGCACGAGACGGGCAGCCAGGUGGUGUUCACGCACCGCAUCAGCAUCCCGAAGCGGGCGUGCGGGUGCAGCACGGAGGGGCUCCCCGACCUGCGGGAGCUCGUGCGGCGCGUGGAGCUCAUGGAGCAGGAGAUCUCGUCGCUGCGCCAGCAGUGCUCCUCUGCCGCCUGCUGCGGAGCAGCGCCCGGAGCCGUAGGCGGCACAGACAUCGCGUCGCCCUGCAAUGGGCACGGCACCUUCAGCACCGAGUCGUGCGGCUGCGUCUGCGACAAGGGCUGGACGGGCAAGGCCUGCUCGCAGCCGGCGUGCCCCAGCGACUGCGGCGGGCGCGGCACCUGCGUGGACGGCGUCUGCGACUGCGAGGAGGGCUUCAGCGGUCCCGACUGCGGGCAGGCCGCCUGCCUCAACGACUGCAGCAACCGCGGCGUGUGCGUCAGCGGCGGCUGCGUCUGCGAGCGGGGCUUCGCGGGCACCGACUGCUCCCAGCCGGGCUGCCCCAACGACUGCAACGGCAGGGGCCGCUGCGUCGACGGCAAGUGCCUGUGCGCCCGGGGCUUUUCGGGAGAGGACUGCCGGGAGUCGCGGUGCCCCAACAACUGCAACGGCCGCGGCCGCUGCGUCAACGGGCGGUGCGUCUGCCAGAGGGGCUACGGCGGCAGUGACUGCGGCGAGGGGGGAGCGUGCGUCAACGAUUGCAGCGACCGCGGGAAGUGCGUCGGCGGGAGGUGCGUGUGCGAGCCGGGGUUCACCGGCCCCGAGUGUAGCGUGCUCAGCUGCCCCAACGACUGCAACGGGCAUGGCGACUGCGUCAACGGCGUCUGCAUCUGCGACAAAGGCUUCGUCGGGGAAGACUGCGGCACGCCAUUCAUCGGCCCCAAAGAAAUAUCCUUCAAUUCCAUCACGGAGUCUUCAGUGCAGGUGGGGUGGGCAGCUCUACCCUUCCCCGUCGAGAGCUGGGAGAUCAUAUUCACGUCCGAGGACACCCCAGACAGACUGCUGUCGACGCUGAGCAGCACCGAGACGAGCCACACCCAGACGGGUCUGGAGCCUGGCGUCAAGUACGACGUCUCGCUGGUGGCCAUCAAGGACAACAAGAAGAGUCAACCCACCACGUCCUUCUUCAGCACCUUGAUCGACAGCCCCAAGGAUCUCAAGGUGGAGGACGUGAAGGACACCACGGCGCAGCUGUCCUGGACCUCUCCGUCCGCCUUGGUGGACGGCCUCGUGCUCACCUACGGCCCGACCAGACCAGGCGCUCGCAAGACGGAGGUGUCGCUGCAGCCCACGGUGACGGAGCAUGCGCUGCAGGGCCUGCGCCCGGGCGUGCAUUACACCGUCACCCUGCACUCCGUUCGCGGGCCCCAGACAAGCGACAAGCAGAUCCAGAGCUUCGUCACCGGGUACCAAACAACCGAUUUGGAUACAAAAGACUAUCUUCCAGAGAGGCCGCCAGAGUCGGUGAUAACUCCCACUGAAAGUCCAGUUGAUUCGCUGAAAGAGCUGCAGAUUUACGACGUCAAGCCACACAGCAUGACGGUGUCGUGGGCGAUCAUGCCCGACAUCUACAACCACUUUGUCUUGCAAUACAAACCGUACGGAAGCACUGAACUGCCCUCGGAAUAUUCCGUGCGUGGCAAUGUGACAACCGUUGCCCUCAAAGAGCUCCGCGAAAACACAGAGUAUGAGAUCUCUCUUGUGGCGUCGAGGGGACGGAAGGUUUACAAGCCCGUGAAGGCCAGGGUGACCACAGAAAAAGAAUCGAAACCCAUUGCUGAGACCACAACAGAGUCACCCGUUGAUAAGGAACUCUACACCACUGGGAUGUGGAUGACAAGACAAGUUUCAGUGAUAUCAAUACUUGGGGUUCCAACUGAUUCAGCAGAUGAAUUGCACAUAACUAGCAUCACAUCUGAGAGCAUGAAGGUGUCGUGGGUGGUAGAUCCAAAAGUCUUCGAGCGCUUCAUUGUGCAAUACAAGCCCAUUGACAGUUCUGAGAAACCACUCGAAAAAACAUUGCCUGGCAAAGUUUCUACAGUUGAUCUUACAGACUUGAGCGAUGACACUGAAUAUAUCAUUAAGCUCAUUGGUUACAGGCGAGGAAAGCCUUCCAAGCCACUGGUGGCUCAAGUUAAAACAGAACCCAUUGCGAGAUCAACUCCUUUACCCACGGCAGUCAUCUAUGAGGCCAUUACACCAACCGUUGUUGAGUUGCCUGGAACUACCACACACGAACCUUCAAAGGAGGUUUCGGUAUCAUCUGUGUCUGGGGUUCCAACUGAUUCCGCCAAUGAACUUGUCAUAUCUGACAUCACGUCUGAGAGCAUGAAGGUGUCGUGGGUGGUAGAUCCAAAAGUCUUUGAGCGGUUCAUCGUGCACUACAAGCCCGCGGACAGUUCUGAGACGCCACUCGAAAAAACAUUGCCUGGCAAAGUUUCCACAAUUGACCUGACAGACUUGACGGAAGAUACAACGUAUACUGUUGAGCUGAUCGGUUACAGACGAGGAAAGCCUUCUAAGUCACUGGUGGCACAAGUUAGAACAGGGACAGAUUUCUUACAUGGAGUAACUGCUGGCACAACAGUCACUGCGCAAUUGCUUGAUACAACCACUCAGCUGGCCGUGCAAGAAAUAUUUGUGUCGUCACCCUUCGGAGCUCCAACUGACGCAGCCGAUGAGAUGCGCAUUAUUGACAUUGCCUGCGAUAGCAUGAGGGUGUCAUGGGUGGUAGAUCCUCGAGUGUUUACGCGUUUCACUGUGCGAUACAAUCCCGCUGACCUUCGUGAGAAGCCCGUCGACAAAUCGUUGCCUGGACAUGCAUCUACAGUUGAACUCACGGAUCUAAGAGAAAACACAGAAUACGUCGUUGUACUUCUCGGCUUAAGACGAGGAAAGCUAUCUAACCCACUUACGGCGAAGGUCACAACAGAGUGCAAACAAAAGAUUAUUACAUUGCCUCCAAAGGUUUUGCCUGAAGAACUAUCUGGCACAACGGGUUUAUACGAGUUACCCGCUUCCAUCACGCAACUACGUCCAAGUAUAGUCUCCAUCGAGUCAACCGAAGGCGUUCCUGUUGUUUCGGCCAAUGAGUUGCACAUAACGGAAAUUACACCCAAUAGCGUCAAGGUCUCGUGGGUGGUAGAUCCGCACGUCUUUGACCAUUUCAUUGUGCAAUACACGCCUACUGCCAGUGCUGAGAAACCAUUGGAGACAACAUUACCCGGUCAAGUCUCCAUGGUAGAUCUGCUAGACUUGACUGAAAAUACAGAAUACACCAUUAAGCUGAUCGGUUACAGGCGGAAAACGCCCUCCAAACCUUUGAUGGCGCUGGUGACAACAGACAUAAAAGUGGUGACGUUAAUGCCAGAUGUGUUAAUCGAGCAAAUACCAGGCACAACAGCUGUAUACAUAUUACCUGAGACCACCAAAUAUGUCCCUCCAAAAGAAGUUUCAGUGCGGUCAGAAUACGGAGCUCCCACUGAUUCAGCCGAUGAAUUACACAUAACGGAAAUCACAUCGGACAGUAUGAAAGUUUCUUGGGUGGUUCAUACAGAAACAUUCGACCACUUCAUUGUACAAUUCAAACCCAGUGACAGUCUGGAAAAGCCAUUCGAUAAAACGAUACCCGGUCAAGUUUUUACGGUAGAUCUGGUGGACCUCAAUGAAGAUACAGAAUAUGUCAUUAUACUCCUCGGAUCUAGAGGUGGGAAAUUAUCAAGGCCACUUGUAGCUCAAGCUAAAACAGCAGGAGGUAUUGAUGACGUUUCAACAACUGAAUUAAUUGAGACGGCGACGCGUUUACCUGCGAGAGAAAUUUUGGUGAAAUCGCAGAGUGGAGUUCCCACCGAUUCGGCCGAUGAAUUGCACGUAACUGAAAUCACGUCUGAGAGCAUGAAGGUGUCGUGGGUGGUAGAUCCAAAAGUCUUCGAGCGAUUCAUUGUGCAAUGCAAGCCCAUUGACAGCCAAGAUAAACCAUUAGAAAAAACCUUGCCGGGACACAUUUCUACAGUUGAUUUUACAGCCCUGAUCGAUGACACUGAAUAUAUCAUCAAGCUCAUUGGUUACAGGCGAGGAAAGCCUUCCAAGCCACUGGUGGCUCAAGUUAAAACAGAGCCCAAACCAAAAUCAACUCCUUUACCAACGGCAGUCAUCGAUGAGGCCAUUACACCAACCGUUGUUGAGUUGCCUGAAACUACCACACACGAACCUUCAAAGGAGGUGUCAGUAACUUCUGUGUCUGGGGUUCCAACUGAUUCUGCCAAUGAACUUGUCAUAUCUGACAUCACGUCUGAGAGCAUGAAGGUGUCGUGGGUGGUAGAUCCAAAUGUCUUUGAGCGCUUUGUUGUGCAAUACAAGCCUGUUGACAGCUCUGAGAAACCACUCGAAAAAACAUUACCUGGCAAAGUUUCUACAGUUGAUCUUACAGACUUGAUCGAUGAUACUGAAUAUAUCAUCAAGCUCAUUGGUUUCAGACGAGGAAAGCCUUCCAAGCCACUGGUGGCUCAAGUUAAAACAGAGCCUGAACCAAAAUCAACUCCUUUACCCACGGCAGUCAUCUAUGAGGCCAUUACACCAACCGUUGUUGAGUUGCCUGGAACUACCACACACGAACCUUCAAAGGAGGUGUCAGUAACUUCUGUGUCUGGGGUUCCAACUGAUUCCGCCAAUGAACUUGUGAUAUCUGACAUCACGUCUGAGAGCAUGAAGGUGUCCUGGGAGGUAGAUCCAAAUGUCUUUGAGCGCUUUGUUGUGCAAUACAAGCCUGCUGACAGCUAUGAGAAACCACUUGAAAAAACAUUGCCUGGCAAAGUUUCUACAGUUGAUCUUACAGACUUGAUCGAUGAUACUGAAUAUAUCAUCAAGCUCAUUGGUUUCAGACGAGGAAAGCCUUCCAAGCCACUGGUGGCUCAAGUUAAAACAGAGCCCAAACCAAAAUCAACUCCUUUACCCACGGCAGUCAUCGAUGAGGCCAUUACACCAACCGUUUUUGAGUUCCCUGGAGCUACCACACACGAACCUUCAAAGGAGGUGUCAGUAACAUCUGUGUCUGGGGUUCCAACUGAUUCCGCGAAUGAACUUGUCAUUUCUGACAUCACGUCUGAGAGCAUGAAGGUGUCGUGGGUGGUAGAUCCAAAAGUCUUCGAGCGAUUCAUUGUGCAAUGCAAGCCCAUUGACAGCCAAGAGAAACCAUUAGAAAAAACAUUGCCUGGACACAUUUCUACAGUUGAUUUUACAGCCCUGAUCGAUGACACUGAAUAUAUCAUCAAGCUCAUUGGUUACAGGCGAGGAAAGCCUUCCAAGCCACUGGUGGCUCAAGUUAAAACAGAGCCCAAACUAAAAUCAACUCCUUUACCCACGGCAGUCAUCGAUGAGGCCAGUACACCAACCGUUUUUGAGUUCCCUGGAACUACCACACAGGAACCUUCAAAGGAGGUUUCGGUAACAUCUGUGUCUGGGGUUCCAACUGAUUCCGCCAAUGAACUUGUGAUAUCUGACAUCACGUCUGAGAGCAUGAAGGUGUCGUGGGUGGUAGAUCCAAAUGUCUUUGAGCGCUUUGUUGUGCAAUACAAGCCUGCUGACAGUUCUGAGAAACCACUCGAAAAAACAUUGCCUGGCAAAGUUUCUACAGUUGAUCUUACAGACUUGAUCGAUGAUACUGAAUAUAUCAUCAAGCUCAUUGGUUUCAGACGAGGAAAGCCUUCCAAGCCACUGGUGGCUCAAGUUAAAACAGAGCCUGAACCAAAAUCAACUCCUUUACCCACGGCAGUCAUCUAUGAGGCCAUUACACCAACCUUUGUUGAGUUGCCUGAAACUACCACACACGAACCUUCAAAGGAGGUGUCAGUAACUUCUGUGUCUGGGGUUCCAACUGAUUCUGCAAAUGAACUUGUGAUAUCUGACAUCACGUCUGAGAGCAUGAAGGUGUCGUGGGAGGUAGAUCCAAAUGUCUUUGAGCGCUUUGUUGUGCUAUACAAGCCUGCUGACAGUUCAGAUAAACCACUUGAAAAAUCAUUGCCUGGCAAAUAUUCUACAGUUGAUCUUACAGACUUGAUCGAUGAUACUGAAUAUAUCAUCAAGCUCAUUGGCUUCAGACAAGGAAAGCCUUCCAAGCCACUGGUGGCUCAAGUUAAAACAGAGCCUGAACCAAAAUCAACUCCUUUACCCACGGCAGUCAUCUAUGAGGCCAUUACACCAACCGUUGUUGAGUUGCCUGGAACUACCACACACGAACCUUCAAAGGAGGUUUCGGUAUCAUCUGUGUCUGGGGUUCCAACUGAUUCCGCCAAUGAACUUGUGAUAUCUGACAUCACGUCUGAGAGCAUGAAGGUGUCGUGGGUGGUAGAUCCAAAUGUCUUUGAGCGCUUUGUUGUGCAAUACAAGCCUGCUGACAGUUCUGAGAAACCACUCGAAAAAACAUUGCCUGGCAAAGUUUCUACAGUUGAUCUUACAGACUUGAUCGAUGAUACUGAAUAUAUCAUCAAGCUCAUUGGUUUCAGACGAGGAAAGCCUUCCAAGCCACUGGUGGCUCAAGUUAAAACAGAGCCCAAACCAAAAUCAACUCCUUUACCCACGACAGCCAUCGAUGAGGCCAUUACACCAACCGUUUUUGAGUUCCCUGGAGCUACCACACACGAACCUUCAAAGGAGGUGUCAGUAACAUCUGUGUCUGGGGUUCCAACUGAUUCCGCCAAUGAACUUGUCAUUUCUGACAUCACGUCUGAGAGCAUGAAGGUGUCGUGGGUGGUAGAUCCAAAAGUCUUCGAGCGAUUCAUUGUGCAAUGCAAGCCCAUUGACAGCCAAGAGAAACCAUUAGAAAAAACAUUGCCUGGACACAUUUCUACAGUUGAUUUUACCGCCCUGAUCGAUGACACUGAAUAUGUCAUCAAGCUCAUUGGUUACAGGCGAGGAAAGCCUUCUAAGCCACUGGUGGCUCAAGUUAAAACAGUGCCCAAACCAAAAUCAACUCCUUUACCCACGGCAGUCAUCGAUGAGGCCAGUACACCAACCGUUUUUGAGUUCCCUGGAACUACCACACACGAACCUUCAAAGGAGGUUUCGGUAACAUCUGUGUCUGGGGUUCCAACUGAUUCCGCCAAUGAACUUGUGAUAUCUGACAUUACGUCUGAGAGCAUGAAGGUGUCGUGGGUGGUAGAUCCAAAUGUCUUUGAGCGCUUUGUUGUGCAAUACAAGCCUGCUGACAGUUCUGAGAAACCACUCGAAAAAACAUUGCGUGGCAAAGUUUCUACAGUUGAUCUUACAGACUUGAUCGAUGAUACUGAAUAUAUCAUCAAGCUCAUUGGUUUCAGACGAGGAAAGCCUUCCAAGCCACUGGUGGCUCAAGUUAAAACAGAGCCUGAACCAAAAUCAACUCCUUUACCCACGGCAGUCAUCUAUGAGGCCAUUACACCAACCUUUGUUGAGUUGCCUGAAACUACCACACACGAACCUUCAAAGGAGGUGUCAGUAACUUCUGUGUCUGGGGUUCCAACUGAUUCUGCAAAUGAACUUGUGAUAUCUGACAUCACGUCUGAGAGCAUGAAGGUGUCGUGGGAGGUAGAUCCAAAUGUCUUUGAGCGCUUUGUUGUGCUAUACAAGCCUGCUGACAGUUCAGAUAAACCACUUGAAAAAUCAUUGCCUGGCAAAGAUUCUACAGUUGAUCUUACAGACUUGAUCGAUGAUACUGAAUAUAUCAUCAAGCUCAUUGGUUUCAGAAGAGGAAAGCCUUCCAAGCCACUGGUGGCUCAAGUUAAAACAGAGCCUGAACCAAAAUCAACUCCUUUACCCACGGCAGUCAUCUAUGAGGCCAUUACACCAACCGUUGUUGAGUUGCCUGGAACUACCACACACGAACCUUCAAAGGAGGUUUCGGUAUCAUCUGUGUCUGGGGUUCCAACUGAUUCCGCCAAUGAACUUGUGAUAUCUGACAUCACGUCUGAGAGCAUGAAGGUGUCGUGGGUGGUAGAUCCAAAUGUCUUUGAGCGCUUUGUUGUGCAAUACAAGCCUGCUGACAGUUCUGAGAAACCACUCGAAAAAACAUUGCCUGGAAAAGUUUCUACAGUUGAUCUUACAGACUUGAUCGAUGAUACUGAAUAUAUCAUCAAGCUCAUUGGUUUCAGACGAGGAAAGCCUUCCAAGCCACUGGUGGCUCAAGUUAAAACAGAGCCCAAACCAAAAUCAACUCCUUUACCCACGACAGUCAUCGAUGAGGCCAUUACACCAACCGUUUUUGAGUUCCCUGGAGCUACCACACACGAACCUUCAAAGGAGGUGUCAGUAACAUCUGUGUCUGGGGUUCCAACUGAUUCCGCCAAUGAACUUGUCAUUUCUGACAUCACGUCUGAGAGCAUGAAGGUGUCGUGGGUGGUAGAUCCAAAAGUCUUCGAGCGAUUCAUUGUGCAAUGCAAGCCCAUUGACAGCCAAGAGAAACCAUUAGAAAAAACAUUGCCUGGACACAUUUCUACAGUUGAUUUUACAGCCCUGAUCGAUGACACUGAAUAUAUCAUCAAGCUCAUUGGUUACAUGCGAGGAAAGCCUUCCAAGCCACUGGUGGCUCAAGUUAAAACAGAGCCUGAACCAAAAUCAACUCCUUUACCCACGGCAGUCAUCUAUGAGGCCAUUACACCAACCUUUGUUGAGUUGCCUGAAACUACCACACACGAACCUUCAAAGGAGGUGUCAGUAACUUCUGUGUCUGGGGUUCCAACUGAUUCUGCAAAUGAACUUGUGAUAUCUGACAUCACGUCUGAGAGCAUGAAGGUGUCGUGGGAGGUAGAUCCAAAUGUCUUUGAGCGCUUUGUUGUGCUAUACAAGCCUGCUGACAGUUCAGAUAAACCACUUGAAAAAUCAUUGCCUGGCAAAGAUUCUACAGUUGAUCUUACAGACUUGAUCGAUGAUACUGAAUAUAUCAUCAAGCUCAUUGGCUUCAGACGAGGAAAGCCUUCCAAGCCACUGGUGGCUCAAGUUAAAACAGAGCCUGAACCAAAAUCAACUCCUUUACCCACGGCACUCAUCGAUGAGGCCAGUACACCAACCGUUUUUGAGUUCCCUGGAACUACCACACACGAACCUUCAAAGGAGGUUUCGGUAUCAUCUGUGUCUGGGGUUCCAACUGAUUCCGCCAAUGAACUUGUGAUAUCUGACAUCACGUCUGAGAGCAUGAAGGUGUCGUGGGUGGUAGAUCCAAAUGUCUUUGAGCGCUUUGUUGUGCAAUACAAGCCUGCUGACAGUUCUGAUAAACCACUUGAAAAAACAUUACCUGGCAAAGUUUCUACAGUUGAUCUUACAGACUUGAUCGAUGAUACUGAAUAUAUCAUCAAGCUCAUUGGUUUCAGACGAGGAAAGCCUUCCAAGCCACUGGUGGCUCAAGUUAAAACAGAGCCCAAACCAAAAUCAACUCCUUUACCCACGGCAGUCAUCGAUGAGGCCAUUACACCAACCGUUUUUGAGUUCCCUGGAGCUACCACACACGAACCUUCAAAGGAGGUGUCAGUAACAUCUGUGUCUGGGGUUCCAACUGAUUCCGCCAAUGAACUUGUCAUUUCUGACAUCACGUCUGAGAGCAUGAAGGUGUCGUGGGAGGUAGAUCCAAAUGUCUUUGAGCGCUUUGUUGUGCAAUACAAGCCUGCUGACAGUUCUGAGAAACCACUUGAAAAAACAUUACCUGGCAAAGUUUCUACAGUUGAUCUUACAGACUUGAUCGAUGAUACUGAAUAUAUCAUCAAGCUAAUUGGUUUCAGACGAGGAAAGCCUUCCAAACCACUGGUGGCUCAAGUUAAAACAGAGCCCAAACCAAAAUCAACUCCUUUACCCACGGCAGUCAUCGGUGAGGCCAGUACACCAACCGUUUUUGAGUUCCCUGGAACUACCACACACGAACCUUCAAAGGAGGUUUCGGUAUCAUCUGUGUCUGGGGUUCCAACUGAUUCCGCCAAUGAACUUGUGAUAUCUGACAUCACGUCUGAGAGCAUGAAGGUGUCGUGGGUGGUAGAUCCAAAUGUCUUUGAGCGCUUUGUUGUGCAAUACAAGCCUGCUGACAGUUCUGAUAAACCACUUGAAAAAACAUUACCUGGAAAAGUUUCUACAGUUGAUCUUACAGACUUGAUCGAUGAUACUGAAUAUAUCAUCAAGCUCAUUGGUUUCAGACGAGGAAAGCCUUCCAAGCCUCUGGUGGCUCAAGUUAAAACAGAGCCCAAACCAAAAUCAACUUCUUUACCCACGGCAGUCAUCGAUGAGGCCAUUACACCAACCGUUUUUGAGUCCCUUGUAGCUACCACACACGAACCUUCAAAGGAGGUGUCAGUAACAUCUGUGUCUGGGGUUCCAACUGAUUCCGCGAAUGAACUUGUCAUUUCUGACAUCACGUCUGAGAGCAUGAAGGUGUCGUGGGUGGUAGAUCCAAAAGUCUUCGAGCGAUUCAUUGUGCAAUGCAAGCCCAUUGACAGCCAAGAGAAACCAUUAGAAAAAACAUUGCCUGGACACAUUUCUACAGUUGAUUUUACAGCCCUGAUCGAUGACACUGAAUAUAUCAUCAAGCUCAUUGGUUACAGGCGAGGAAAGCCUUCCAAGCCACUGGUGGCUCAAGUUAAAACAGUGCCCAAACCAAAAUCAACUCCUUUACCCACGGCAGUCAUCGAUGAGGCCAGUACACCAACCGUUUUUGAGUUCCCUGGAACUACCACACACGAACCUUCAAAGGAGGUUUCGGUAACAUCUGUGUCUGGGGUUCCAACUGAUUCCGCCAAUGAACUUGUGAUAUCUGACAUUACGUCUGAGAGCAUGAAGGUGUCGUGGGUGGUAGAUCCAAAUGUCUUUGAGCGCUUUGUUGUGCAAUACAAGCCUGCUGACAGUUCUGAGAAACUACUCGAAAAAACAUUGCCUGGCAAAGUUUCUACAGUUGAUCUUACAGACUUGAUCGAUGAUACUGAAUAUAUCAUCAAGCUCAUUGGUUUCAGACGAGGAAAGCCUUCCAAGCCACUGGUGGCUCAAGUUAAAACAGAGCCUGAACCAAAAUCAACUCCUUUACCCACGGCAGUCAUCUAUGAGGCCAUUACCCCAACCUUUGUUGAGUUGCCUGAAACUACCACACACGAACCUUCAAAGGAGGUGUCAGUAACUUCUGUGUCUGGGGUUCCAACUGAUUCUGCAAAUGAACUUGUGAUAUCUGACAUCACGUCUGAGAGCAUGAAGGUGUCGUGGGAGGUAGAUCCAAAUGUCUUUGAGCGCUUUGUUGUGCUAUACAAGCCUGCUGACAGUUCAGAUAAACCACUUGAAAAAUCAUUGCCUGGCAAAGAUUCUACAGUUGAUCUUACAGACUUGAUCGAUGAUACUGAAUAUAUCAUCAAGCUCAUUGGCUUCAGACGAGGAAAGCCUUCCAAGCCACUGGUGGCUCAAGUUAAAACAGAGCCUGAACCAAAAUCAACUCCUUUACCCACGGCAGUCAUCGAUGAGGCCAGUACACCAACCGUUUUUGAGUUCCCUGGAACUACCACACACGAACCUUCAAAGGAGGUUUCGGUAUCAUCUGUGUCUGGGGUUCCAACUGAUUCCGCCAAUGAACUUGUGAUAUCUGACAUCACGUCUGAGAGCAUGAAGGUGUCGUGGGUGGUAGAUCCAAAUGUCUUUGAGCGCUUUGUUGUGCAAUACAAGCCUGCUGACAGUUCUGAAAAACCACUUGAAAAAACAUUACCUGGCAAAGUUUCUACAGUUGAUCUUACAGACUUGAUCGAUGAUACUGAAUAUAUCAUCAAGCUCAUUGGUUUCAGACGAGGAAAGCCUUCCAAGCCACUGGUGGCUCAAGUUAAAACAGAGCCCAAACCAAAAUCAACUCCUUUACCCACGGCAGUCAUCGAUGAGGCCAUUACACCAACCGUUUUUGAGUUCCCUGGAGCUACCACACACGAACCUUCAAAGGAGGUGUCAGUAACAUCUGUGUCUGGGGUUCCAACUGAUUCCGCCAAUGAACUUGUCAUUUCUGACAUCACGUCUGAGAGCAUGAAGGUGUCGUGGGAGGUAGAUCCAAAUGUCUUUGAGCGCUUUGUUGUGCAAUACAAGCCUGCUGACAGUUCUGAGAAACCACUUGAAAAAACAUUACCUGGCAAAGUUUCUACAGUUGAUCUUACAGACUUGAUCGAUGAUACUGAAUAUAUCAUCAAGCUAAUUGGUUUCAGACGAGGAAAGCCUUCCAAACCACUGGUGGCUCAAGUUAAAACAGAGCCCAAACCAAAAUCAACUCCUUUACCCACGGCAGUCAUCGGUGAGGCCAGUACACCAACCGUUUUUGAGUUCCCUGGAACUACCACACACGAACCUUCAAAGGAGGUUUCGGUAUCAUCUGUGUCUGGGGUUCCAACUGAUUCCGCCAAUGAACUUGUGAUAUCUGACAUCACGUCUGAGAGCAUGAAGGUGUCGUGGGUGGUAGAUCCAAAUGUCUUUGAGCGCUUUGUUGUGCAAUACAAGCCUGCUGACAGUUCUGAUAAACCACUUGAAAAAACAUUACCUGGAAAAGUUUCUACAGUUGAUCUUACAGACUUGAUCGAUGAUACUGAAUAUAUCAUCAAGCUCAUUGGUUUCAGACGAGGAAAGCCUUCCAAGCCUCUGGUGGCUCAAGUUAAAACAGAGCCCAAACCAAAAUCAACUUCUUUACCCACGGCAGUCAUCGAUGAGGCCAUUACACCAACCGUUUUUGAGUCCCUUGUAGCUACCACACACGAACCUUCAAAGGAGGUGUCAGUAACAUCUGUGUCUGGGGUUCCAACUGAUUCCGCGAAUGAACUUGUCAUUUCUGACAUCACGUCUGAGAGCAUGAAGGUGUCGUGGGUGGUAGAUCCAAAAGUCUUCGAGCGAUUCAUUGUGCAAUGCAAGCCCAUUGACAGCCAAGAGAAACCAUUAGAAAAAACAUUGCCUGGACACAUUUCUACAGUUGAUUUUACAGCCCUGAUCGAUGACACUGAAUAUAUCAUCAAGCUCAUUGGUUACAGGCGAGGAAAGCCUUCCAAGCCACUGGUGGCUCAAGUUAAAACAGUGCCCAAACCAAAAUCAACUCCUUUACCCACGGCAGUCAUCGAUGAGGCCAGUACACCAACCGUUUUUGAGUUCCCUGGAACUACCACACACGAACCUUCAAAGGAGGUUUCGGUAACAUCUGUGUCUGGGGUUCCAACUGAUUCCGCCAAUGAACUUGUGAUAUCUGACAUUACGUCUGAGAGCAUGAAGGUGUCGUGGGUGGUAGAUCCAAAUGUCUUUGAGCGCUUUGUUGUGCAAUACAAGCCUGCUGACAGUUCUGAGAAACUACUCGAAAAAACAUUGCCUGGCAAAGUUUCUACAGUUGAUCUUACAGACUUGAUCGAUGAUACUGAAUAUAUCAUCAAGCUCAUUGGUUUCAGACGAGGAAAGCCUUCCAAGCCACUGGUGGCUCAAGUUAAAACAGAUCCUGAACCAAAAUCAACUCCUUUACCCACGGCAGUCAUCUAUGAGGCCAUUACACCAACCUUUGUUGAGUUGCCUGAAACUACCACACACGAACCUUCAAAGGAGGUGUCAGUAACUUCUGUGUCUGGGGUUCCAACUGAUUCUGCAAAUGAACUUGUGAUAUCUGACAUCACGUCUGAGAGCAUGAAGGUGUCGUGGGAGGUAGAUCCAAAUGUCUUUGAGCGCUUUGUUGUGCUAUACAAGCCUGCUGACAGUUCAGAUAAACCACUUGAAAAAUCAUUGCCUGGCAAAGAUUCUACAGUUGAUCUUACAGACUUGAUCGAUGAUACUGAAUAUAUCAUCAAGCUCAUUGGCUUCAGACGAGGAAAGCCUUCCAAGCCACUGGUGGCUCAAGUUAAAACAGAGCCUGAACCAAAAUCAACUCCUUUACCCACGGCAGUCAUCGAUGAGGCCAUUACACCAACCGUUGUUGAGUUGCCUGGAACUACCACACACGAACCUUCAAAGGAGGUUUCGGUAUCAUCUGUGUCUGGGGUUCCAACUGAUUCUGCCAAUGAACUUGUGAUAUCUGACAUCACGUCUGAGAGCAUGAAGGUGUCGUGGGUGGUAGAUCCAAAUGUCUUUGAGCGCUUUGUUGUGCAAUACAAGCCUGCUGACAGUUCUGAGAAACCACUCGAAAAAACAUUGCCUGGCAAAGUUUCUACAGUUGAUCUUACAGACUUGAUCGAUGAUACUGAAUAUAUCAUCAAGCUCAUUGGUUUCAGACGAGGAAAGCCUUCCAAGCCACUGGUGGCUCAAGUUAAAACAGAGCCCAAACCAAAAUCAACUCCUUUACCCACGGCAGUCAUCGAUGAGGCCAUUACACCAACCGUUUUUGAGUUCCCUGGAGCUACCACACACGAACCUUCAAAGGAGGUGUCAGUAACAUCUGUGUCUGGGGUUCCAACUGAUUCCGCCAAUGAACUUGUCAUUUCUGACAUCACGUCUGAGAGCAUGAAGGUGUCGUGGGAGGUAGAUCCAAAUGUCUUUGAGCGCUUUGUUGUGCAAUACAAGCCUGCUGACAGUUCUGAGAAACCACUUGAAAAAACAUUACCUGGCAAAGUUUCUACAGUUGAUCUUACAGACUUGAUCGAUGAUACUGAAUAUAUCAUCAAGCUAAUUGGUUUCAGACGAGGAAAGCCUUCCAAACCACUGGUGGCUCAAGUUAAAACAGAGCCCAAACCAAAAUCAACUCCUUUACCCACGGCAGUCAUCGGUGAGGCCAGUACACCAACCGUUUUUGAGUUCCCUGGAACUACCACACACGAACCUUCAAAGGAGGUUUCAGUAACAUCUGUGUCUGGGGUUCCAACUGAUUCUGCCAAUGAACUUGUGAUAUCUGACAUCACGUCUGAGAGCAUGAAGGUGUCGUGGGUGGUAGAUCCAAAUGGCUUUGAGCGCUUUGUUGUGCAAUACAAGCCUGCUGACAGUUCUGAGAAACCACUUGAAAAAACAUUGCCUGGCAAAGUUUCUACAGUUGAUCUUACAGACUUGAUCGAUGAUACGGAAUAUAUCAUCAAGCUCAUUGGUUUCAGACGAGGAAAGCCUUCCAAGCCACUGGUGGCUCAAGUUAAAACAGAGACUGAACCAAAAUCAACUCCUUUACCCACGGCAGUCAUCUAUGAGGCCAUUACACCAACCGUUGUUGAGUUGCCUGAAACUACCACACACGAACCUUCAAAGCAGGUGUCAGUAACUUCUGUGUCUGGAGUUCCAACUGAUUCUGCCAAUGAACUUGUGAUAUCUGACAUCACGUCUGAGAGCAUGAAGGUGUCGUGGGAGGUAGAUCCAAAUGUCUUUGAGCACUUUGUUGUGCAAUACAAGCCUGCUGACAGUUCUGAUAAACCACUCGAAAAUAAAUUGCCUGGCAAAGUUUCCACAGUUGAUCUUACAGACUUGAUCGAUGAUACUGAAUAUAUCAUCAAGCUCAUUGGUUACAGGCGAGGAAAGUCUUCCAAGCCACUGGUGGCUCAAGUUAAAACAGAGCCCAAACCAAAAUCAACUCCUUUACCCACGGCAGUCAUCGAUGAGGCCAUUACACCAACCGUUUUUGAGUUCCCUGGAGCUACCACACACGAACCUUCAAAGGAGGUGUCAGUAACAUCUGUGUCUGGGGUUCCAACUGAUUCCGCCAAUGAACUUGUCAUUUCUGACAUCACGUCUGAGAGCAUGAAGGUGUCGUGGGUUGUAGAUCCAAAAGUCUUUGAGCGAUUCAUUGUGCAAUGCAAACCCAUUGACAGCCAAGAUAAACCAUUAGAAAAGACAUUGCCUGGACACAUUUCUACAGUUGAUUUUACAGCCCUGAUCGAUGACACUGAAUAUAUCAUCAAGCUCAUUGGUUACAGGCGAGGAAAGCCUUCCAAUCCACUGGUGGCUCAAGUUAAAACAGAGCCCAAACCAAAAUCAACUCCUUUACCCACGGCAGUCAUCGAUGAGGCCAGUACACCAACCGUUUUUGAGUUCCCUGGAACUACCACACACGAACCUUCAAAGGAGGUUUCAGUAACAUCUGUGUCUGGGGUUCCAACUGAUUCCGCCAAUGAACUUGUGAUAUCUCACAUCACGUCUGAGAGCAUGAAGGUGUCGUGGGUGGUAGAUCCAAAUGUCUUUGAGCGCUUUGUUGUGCAAUACAAGCCUGCUGACAGUUCUGAUAAACCACUUGAAAAAACAUUACCUGGCAAAGUUUCUACAGUUGAUCUUACAGACUUGAUCGAUGAUACUGAAUAUAUCAUCAAGCUCAUUGGUUUCAGACGAGGAAAGCCUUCCAAGCCACUGGUGGCUCAAGUUAAAACAGAGCCCAAACCAAAAUCAACUCCUUUACCCACGGCAGUCAUCGAUGAGGCCAUUACACCAACCGUUUUUGAGUUCCCUGGAGCUACCACACACGAACCUUCAAAGGAGGUGUCAGUAACAUCUGUGUCUGGGGUUCCAACUGAUUCCGCCAAUGAACUUGUCAUUUCUGACAUCACGUCUGAGAGCAUGAAGGUGUCGUGGGUGGUAGAUCCAAAUGUCUUUGAGCGCUUUGUUGUGCAAUACAAGCCUGCUGACAGUUCUGAUAAACCACUUGAAAAAACAUUACCUGGCAAAGUUUCUACAGUUGAUCUUACAGACUUGAUCGAUGAUACUGAAUAUAUCAUCAAGCUCAUUGGUUUCAGACGAGGAAAGCCUUCCAAGCCACUGGUGGCUCAAGUUAAAACAGAGCCCAAACCAAAAUCAACUCCUUUACCCACGGCAGUCAUCGAUGAGGCCAGUACACCAACCGUUGUUGAGUUGCCUGAAACUACCACACACGAACCUUCAAAGGAGGUGUCAGUAACUUCUGUGUCUGGGGUUCCAACUGAUUCUGCCAAUGAACUUGUGAUAUCUGACAUCACGUCUGAGAGCAUGAAGGUGUCGUGGGAGGUAGAUGCAAAUGUCUUUGAGCACUUUGUUGUGCAAUACAAGCCUGCUGACAGUUCUGAUAAACCACUCGAAAAUAAAUUGCCUGGCAAAGUUUCCACAGUUGAUCUUACAGACUUGAUCGAUGAUACUGAAUAUGUCAUCAAGCUCAUUGGUUUCAGACGAGGAAAGCCUUCCAAGCCACUGGUGGCUCAAGUUAAAACAGAGCCCAAACCAAAAUCAACUCCUUUACCCACGGCAGUCAUCGAUGAGGCCAUUACACCAACCGUUUUUGAGUUCCCUGGAGCUACCACACACGAACCUUCAAAGGAGGUGUCAGUAACAUCUGUGUCUGGGGUUCCAACUGAUUCCGCCAAUGAACUUGUCAUUUCUGACAUCACGUCUGAGAGCAUGAAGGUGUCGUGGGUGGUAGAUCCAAAAGUCUUUGAGCGAUUCAUUGUGCAAUGCAAACCCAUUGACAGCCAAGAUAAACCAUUAGAAAAGACAUUGCCUGGACACAUUUCUACAGUUGAUUUUACAGCCCUGAUCGAUGACACUGAAUAUAUCAUCAAGCUCAUUGGUUACAGGCGAGGAAAGCCUUCCAAGCCACUGGUGGCUCAAGUUAAAACAGAGCCCAAACCAAAAUCAACUCCUUUACCCACGGCAGUCAUCGAUGAGGCCAGUACACCAACCGUUUUUGAGUUCCCUGGAACUACCACACACGAACCUUCAAAGGAGGUUUCGGUAACAUCUGUGUCUGGGGUUCCAACUGAUUCCGCCAAUGAACUUGUGAUAUCUGGCAUCACGUCUGAGAGCAUGAAGGUGUCGUGGGUGGUAGAUCCAAAUGUCUUUGAGCGCUUUGUUGUGCAAUACAAGCCUGCUGACAGUUCUGAUAAACCACUUGAAAAAACAUUACCUGGCAAAGUUUCUACAGUUGAUCUUACAGACUUGAUCGAUGAUACUGAAUAUAUCAUCAAGCUCAUUGGUUUCAGACGAGGAAAGCCUUCCAAGCCACUGGUGGCUCAAGUUAAAACAGUGCCUGAACCAAAAUCAACUCCUUUACCCACGGCAGUCAUCUAUGAGGCCAUUACACCAACCGUUGUUGAGUUGCCUGAAACUACCACACACGAACCUUCAAAGGAGGUGUCAGUAACUUCUGUGUCUGGGGUUCCAACUGAUUCUGCCAAUGAACUUGUGAUAUCUGACAUCACGUCUGAGAGCAUGAAGGUGUCGUGGGUGGUAGAUCCAAAUGUCUUUGAGCGCUUUGUUGUGCAAUGCAAACCCAUUGACAGCCAAGACAAACCAUUAGAAAAGACAUUGCCUGGACACAUUUCUACAGUUAAUUUUACAGCCCUGAUCGAUGACACUGAAUAUAUCAUCAAGCUCAUUGGUUACAGGCGAGGAAAGCCUUCUAAGCCACUGGUUGCUCAAGUUAAAACAGAGGCCAAACCAGAAUCAACUCCUUUACCCACGGCAGUCAUCGAUGAGGCCAGUACACCAACCGUUUUUGAGUUCCCUGGAACUACCACACACGAACCUUCAAAGGAGGUUUCGGUAACAUCUGUGUCUGGAGUUCCAACUGAUUCCGCCAAUGAACUUGUGAUAUCUGACAUCACGUAUGAGAGCAUGAAGGUGUCGUGGGUGGUAGAUCCAAAGGUCUUUGAGCACUUUGUUGUGCAAUACAAGCCUGCUGACAGUUCUGAUAAACCACUCGAAAAAACAUUGCCUGGCAAAGUUUCUACAGUUGAUCUUACAGACUUGAUCGAUGAUACUGAAUAUAUCAUCAAGCUCAUUGGUUACAGGCGAGGAAAGCCUUCCAAGCCACUGGUGGCUCAAGUUAAAACAGAGCCUGAACCAAAAUCAACUCCUUUACCCACGGCAGUCAUCCAUGAGGCCAUUACACCAACCGUUGUUGAGUUGCCUGAAACUACCACACACGAACCUUCAAAAGAGGUGUCAGUAACUUCUGUGUCUGGGGUUCCAACUGAUUCUGCCAAUGAACUUGUGAUAUCUGACAUCACGUCUGAGAGCAUGAAGGUGUCGUGGGAGGUAGAUCCAAAUGUCUUUGAGCGCUUUGUUGUGCAAUACAAGCCUGCUGACAGUUCUGAGAAACCACUUGAAAAAUCAUUGCCUGGCAAAGUUUCUACAGUUGAUCUUACAGACUUGAUCGAUGAUACUGAAUAUAUCAUCAAGCUCAUUGGUUUCAGACGAGGAAAGCCUUCCAAGCCACUGGUGGCUCAAGUUAAAACAGAGCCCAAACCAAAAUCAACUCCUUUACCCACGGCAGUCAUCGAUGAGGCCAUUACACCAACCGUUUUUGAGUUCCAUGGAGCUACCACACAAGAACCUUCAAAGGAGGUGUCAGUAACAUCUGUGUCUGGGGUUCCAACUGAUUCCGCCAAUGAACUUGUCAUUUCUGACAUCACGUCUGAGAGCAUGAAGGUGUCGUGGGUGGUAGAUCCAAAAGUCUUUGAGCGAUUCAUUGUGCAAUGCAAACCCAUUGACAGCCAAGACAAACCAUUAGAAAAGACAUUGCCUGGACACAUUUCUACAGUUGAUUUUACAGCCCUGAUCGAUGACACUGAAUAUAUCAUCAAGCUCAUUGGUUACAGGCGAGGAAAGCCUUCCAAGCCACUGGUGGCUCAAGUUAAAACAGAGCCCAAACCAAAAUCAACUCCUUUACCCACGGCAGUCAUCGGUGAGGCCAGUACACCAACCGUUUUUGAGUUCCCUGGAACUACCACACACGAACCUUCAAAGGAGGUUUCAGUAACAUCUGUGUCUGGGGUUCCAACUGAUUCUGCCAAUGAACUUGUGAUAUCUGACAUCACGUCUGAGAGCAUGAAGGUGUCGUGGGUCGUAGAUCCAAAUGUCUUUGAGCGCUUUGUUGUGCAAUACAAGCCUGCUGACAGUUCUGAUAAACCACUUGAAAAAACAUUACCUGGCAAAGUUUCUACAGUUGAUCUUACAGACUUGAUCGAUGAUACUGAAUAUAUCAUCAAGCUCAUUGGUUUCAGACGAGGAAAGCCUUCCAAGCCACUGGUGGCUCAAGUUAAAACAGAGCCCAAACCAAAAUCAACUCCUUUACCCACGGCAGUCAUCGGUGAGGCCAGUACACCAACCGUUUUUGAGUUCCCUGGAACUACCACACACGAACCUUCAAAGGAGGUUUCAGUAACAUCUGUGUCUGGGGUUCCAACUGAUUCCGCCAAUGAACUUGUGAUAUCUGACAUCACGUCUGAGAGCAUGAAGGUGUCGUGGGUCGUAGAUCCAAAUGUCUUUGAGCGCUUUGUUGUGCAAUACAAGCCUGCUGACAGUUCUGAGAAACCACUUGAAAAAACAUUGCCUGGCAAAGUUUCUACAGUUAAUCUUACAGACUUGAUCGAUGAUACUGAAUAUAUCGUCAAGCUCAUUGGUUUCAGACGAGGAAAGCCUUCCAAGCCACUGGUGGCUCAAGUUAAAACAGAGCCUGAACCAAAAUCAACUCCUUUACCCACGGCAGUCAUCUAUGAGGCCAUUACACCAACCGUUGUUGAGUUGCCUGAAACUACCACACACGAACCUUCAAAGGAGGUGUCAGUAACUUCUGUGUCUGGAGUUCCAACUGAUUCUGCCAAUGAACUUGUGAUAUCUGACAUCACGUCUGAGAGCAUGAAGGUGUCGUGGGAGGUAGAUCCAAAUGUUUUUGAGCACUUUGUUGUGCAAUACAAGCCUGCUGACAGUUCUGAUAAACCACUCGAAAAAACAUUGCCUGGCAAAGUUUCUACAGUUGAUCUUACAGACUUGAUCGAUGAUACUGAAUAUAUCAUCAAGCUCAUUGGUUACAGACGAGGAAAGCCUUCCAAGCCACUGGUGGCUCAAGUUAAAACAGAUCCCAAACCAAAAUCAACUCCUUUACCCACGGCAGUCAUCGAUGAGGCCAGUACACCAACCGUUUUUGAGUUCCCUGGAACUACCACACACGAACCUUCAAAGGAGGUUUCAGUAACUUCUGUGUCUGGUGUUCCAACUGAUUCCGCCAAUGUACUUGUGAUAUCUGACAUCACGUGUGAGAGCAUGAAGGUGUCGUGGGAGGUAGAUCCAAAUGUCUUUGAGCGCUUUGUUGUGCAAUACAAGCCUGCUGACAGUUCUGAUAAACCACUUGAAAAAACAUUGCCUGGCAAAGUUUCUACAGUUGAUCUUACAGACUUGAUCGAUGACACUGAAUAUAUCAUCAAGCUCAUUGGUUUCAGACGAGGAAAGGCUUCCAAGCCACUGGUGGCUCAAGUUAAAACAGAGCACAAACCAAAAUCAACUCCUUUACCCACGGCAGUCAUCGAUGAGGCCAUUACACCAACAGUUGUUGAGUUACCUGAAACUACCACACACGAACCUUCAAAGGAGGUGUCGGUAACAUCUGUGUCUGGGGUUCCAACUGAUUCCGCCAAUGAACUUGUGAUAUCUGACAUCACGUCUGAGAGCAUGAAGGUGUCGUGGGUUGUAGAUCCAAAAGUCUUUGAGCGAUUCAUUGUGCAAUGCAAGCCCAUUGACAGCCAAGAGAAACCAUUAGAAAAAACCUUGCCUGGACACAUUUCCACAGUUGAUUUUACAGCCCUGAUCGAUGACACUGAAUAUAUUAUUAGGCUCAUUGGUUACAGGCGAGGAAAGCCUUCCAAGCCACUGGUUGCUCAAGUUAAGACAGGUAAAAUAUUUCUUACAACGACAGAGGCAGCUGAAAUGGCAGAGACACAGACCAUCGUUGAAUCAACUGAUUCGACCACGCAUCUGUUUCCAGAGGAAAUGUCUGGGACUUCAGCACCUGGCAUUCAAUUUGAUUCAUUAUAUAAGCUAAUCAUAUCUGAUGUUGCACCUGAUAGACUCAGAGUUUCAUGGGUGGUGCAUCCAAGUGUUUUUGAUUAUUUCCUCAUAAAAGUUGAGUCUCUGGACAAUUCAACAGAACCAUAUGAACAUAUGUUUCCUGGACAUAUCACGACAAUUUACCUCACAGAUCUGAGAGAAAACACAGAGUAUAUAAUUCAGUUCUCCGGGUCCAGAAAUGGAAUUCUUUCGAAACCAAUAAAAGCAACGGUUAUUACAGCUUUAGGGAUAUCUACAGAACUGCUUGUCAAAACAUCAGAAAUACCAAGUGUCAUUGAAGUACCUGAAGGCACGACACGUGCUCUUCCAAUAGGCAUUUCAGUUACCUCAGAGUCUGGGGUUCCAAUCGAUUCUGCCAAUGCUCUUCUCAUAACCGACAUCACACCCGAUAGCAUGAAAGUGUCAUGGGUGGUAGAUCCGAACGUCUUUGACCGCUUUCUUGUGAGAUACAAGCCUACUGACAGCUCUGAAACCCCAUUAGAAACGUUUCUUGCUGGCCAUAUCACCUCAAUAGAUAUUUCAGGGUUGACUGAAAACACUGAAUAUGAAGUCACUCUCUUAGGUUCAAGACUGAAGAAAUACUCAAAGCCACUGAAAACAAAGGUUAUAACAGAGCACAAAUUGUUGGCAACUGUAACCACCACGGUGUUAGAUAAAGGAACAAAAACGCCAACCAUCAUUGAAACAAGUGGAACUACUAUUCACCUACCAUCAAGGAAUAUAUCAGUGGCGUCAGUGUCUGGGGUUCCAAUUGAUUCUGCGGAUGAACUUGUCAUUUCUGACAUCACGCCCAUGAGCUUUAAAGUGUCAUGGGUGGUAGACCCUGCAAUCUUUGAUCAUUUUGUUUUGGAAGUCCAAUCAAAGGAUAUUUAUCUGAAACCAUUUAAAGAAACCUUUCCUGGAGAUGUCAUAUCUGUGGCGUUGACAGGCUUAAGAGGAAAUACAGAGUAUGUUGUUAUUCUCAUUGGCUCGAGAAAAGGAAUAUUUUCAAAACCACUGGAAGUUAAAGUUACCACAGAUCUGCAAAUGGCGAUAGCCUCUGAAAAAACAUUUGAAGAUACACAAAAACCAACUGUAGCAGCUUAUGAAAUGUCUAGUUCUACAAUGCAACUGCCACCAAUGAACAUUUCGGUCACAUCCGUUUUUGGAGUCCCAAUUGAUUCUGCCAAUGAAUUAAUUAUAUAUGACAUCACAUCCUACAGCAUUAAAGUGCUAUGGGUGGUAGAUCCAACAUUUUUUGACUAUUUCCUUGUACAAUGCAAGCCGGCUGAGGAGAAUAAAUUAACAUUAGAAAAGAUGGUGCCUGGUAAUGAAUCGACAGUUGAAUUCAUGAACUUGGAAGACAACACUCAAUAUAUAUUACAACUUAUUGGUUCCAAAGGAGGAACUGUUUCUAACCCAUUAAUUGCUACAUUUAUCACAGAUUCGAAAAUCGUAACACCCACAAAAUUGCAUGAGAAAAGCUGUGAAGAAACUGGUACAACCACUGAAUUGCCUCAAAAGAAAAUUGUGGUGACAUCACUAUCUGGGGUUCCAAUUGAUUCUGCAGAUGAGCUGAUCAUAUCUGACAUCUCGCCCGAUAGCUUCAAAGUUUCAUGGGUAGUAGACCCUGAAGUCUUUGAUGAGUUUAUUUUGGAAGUUGAAUCUCCAGACUCUACGAUUAUUCCUCUAAAGGAAACUGUUCCAAGACGUGUUACAUCCGUUGUGCUUACAGCUUUGAAAGAAAACACAGAUUAUGUUGUGAGACUUAUUGGCUCCAUGAAAGGAAAGUUAUCUAAGCCACUGACAGCUAAAGUGACCACAGAUUCCAAAAUCAUUAUAACUGUAACGCCUACAAAAUUGUAUGAUGAAACAUCGAGUUUGCCAUAUGAAGUAGCUGGCACAACCACUCAAGUGCCUACAAAGGAGGUCUUGGUGACAUCAGUGUCUGGAGUUCCAACUGAUUCUGCGGAAGAACUUGUAAUUUCUGACAUCACUACCAAUAGCAUGCAAGUGUCAUGGGUGGUAGAUCCAAAAGUCUUUGACCGCUUCAUUGUGCAAUACAAGCCCACUGACAGCCCUGAAAACCCAUUGGAGAAAACUUUACCUGGUCAUCUAUCAACAGUUGAUCUUACAGAAUUGACUGAAAAUACAGAAUACACCAUCAUGUUGAUUGGCUAUAGGUGGAAAAAACCCUCUAAGCCACUGGUUGCUCAGGUUACGACAGAGUCCAAAAUUGUACCAACUAUUGUUCCCACACUAUUUGUUGAAGGAACAGGAACACCAACAAUUGUUGAAACACCAUUACCUACCACACGCUUACCUAGAAAGGAGGUUUCAGUGACAUCAGUGUCUGGAGUUCCAACUGAUUCUGCAGAUGAACUGGUCAUAUCUGACAUCAAGCCCGAUAGCUUUAAAGUUUCAUGGGUAGUAGACCCUGAAGUGUUUGAUGAGUUUGUUUUGGAAGUUGAAUCUCCAGACUCCACAAUUAUUCCUCUAAAGGAAACUGUUCCUGGAGAUAUUACAUCCGUUGACCUCACAGAUUUGAAAGAAAAUACGGAAUAUGUUGUAAGGCUUAUUGGCUCCAGAAAAGGAAAGUUGUCCAGGCCCCUGACAGCUAAAGUUACCACAGAUUUCAAAAUCACUACAACUGUAACGCCUACAAAAUUAUAUUACGAAACAUCGAGCUUGCCAUAUGAAGUAGCUGGCACAACCACUCAAGUGCCUACAAAGGAGGUCGUGGUGACAUCAGUGUCUGGAGUUCCAACUGAUUCUGCCGAUGAACUUGUAAUUUCUGACAUCACUACCAAUAGCAUGCAAGUGUCAUGGGUGGUAGAUCCAAAAGUCUUUGACCACUUCAUUGUGCAAUACAAGCCCACUGACAGCCCUGAAAAAGCAUUGGAGAAAACUUUACCUGGUCAUCUAUCAACAGUUGACCUUACAGAAUUGACUGAAAAUACAGAAUACACAGUCAAAUUGAUUGGAUACAGAAAGAAAAAGCCCUCUAAGCCACUGGUUGCUCAGGUUACGACAGAGUUCAAAAUUGUACCAACUAUUGUACCCACACUAUUUGUUGAAGGAACAGGAACACCAACAAUUGUUGAAACACCAUUACCUACCACACGCUUACCUCCAAAGGAGGUUUCAGUGACAUCAGUGUCUGGAGUUCCAACUGAUUCUGCAGAGAAGCUGGUCAUAUCUGACAUCACGCCCGAUAGCUUUAAAGUUUCAUGGGUAGUAGACCCUGAAGACUUUGAUGAGUUUAUUUUGGAAGUUGAAUCACCAGACUCUACAAUUAUUCCUCUAAAGGAAACUCUUCCUGGAGAUAUUAUAUCCGUUGACCUCACAGAUUUGAAAGAAAAUACGGAAUAUGUUGUAAGGCUUAUUGGCUCCAGAAAAGGAAAGUUUUCCAGGCCCCUGACAGCUAAAGUUACCACAGAUUUCAAAAUCAUUACAACUGUAACGCCUACAAAAUUAUAUGACGAAACAUCGAGUUUGCCAUAUGAAGUAGCUGCCACAACCACUCAAGUGCCUACAAAGGAGGUCUUGGUGACAUCAGUGUCUGGAGUUCCAACUGAUUCUGCCGAUGAACUUGUAAUUUCUGACAUCACUACCAAUAGCAUGAUAGUGUCAUGGGUGGUAGAUCCAAAAGCCUUUGACCGCUUCAUUGUACAAUACAAGCCGACUGACAGCCCUGAAAACCCAUUGGAGAAAACUUUACCUGGUCAUCUAUCAACAGUUGAUCUUACAGAAUUGACUGAAAAUACAGAAUACACCAUCAUGUUGAUUGGCUAUAGGUGGAAAAAACCCUCUAAGCCACUGGUUGCGCAGGUUACGACAGAGUCCAAAAUUGUACCAACUAUUGUUCCCACACUAUUUGUUGAAGGAACAGGAACACCAACAAUUGUUGAAACACCAUUACCUACCACACGCUUACCUCCAAAGGAGGUCUUGGUGACAUCAGUGUCUGGAGUUCCAACUGAUUCUGCCGAUGAACUUGUCAUUUCCGACAUCACUACCAAUAGCAUGAAAGUGUCAUGGGUGGUCGAUCCAAAAGUCUUUGACCGCUUCAUUGUGCAAUACAAGCCCACUGACAGCCCUGAAAAAGCAUUGGAGAAAACUUUACCUGGUCAUCUAUCAACAGUUGAUCUUACAGAAUUGACUGAAAAUGCAGAAUACACAGUCAAAUUGACUGGCUACAGAAAGAAAAAGCCCUCUAAGCCACUGGUAGCUCAGGUUACGACAGAGUCCAAAAUUGAACCAACUAUUGUUCCAACACUAUUUGUUGAAGGAACAGGAACACCAACAAUUGUUGAAACACCAUUACCUACCACACGCUUACCUAGAAAGGAGGUUUCAGUGACAUCAGUGUCUGGAGUUCCAACUGAUUCUGCAGAUGAACUGGUCAUAUCUGACAUCAAGCCCGAUAGCUUUAAAGUUUCAUGGGUAGUAGACCCUGAAGUGUUUGAUGAGUUUGUUUUGGAAGUUGAAUCUCCAGACUCUACAAUUAUUCCUCUAAAGGAAACUGUUCCUGGAGAUAUUACAUCCGUUGACCUCACAGAUUUGAAAGAAAAUACGGAAUAUGUUGUAAGGCUUAUUGGCUCCAGAAAAGGAAAGUUGUCCAGGCCCCUGACAGCUAAAGUUACCACAGAUUUCAAAAUCACUACAACUGUAACGCCUACAAAAUUAUAUUACGAAACAUCGAGCUUGCCAUAUGAAGAAGCUGGCACAACCACUCAAGUGCCUACAAAGGAGGUCGUGGUGACAUCAGUGUCUGGAGUUCCAACUGAUUCUGCCGAUGAACUUGUAAUUUCUGACAUCACUACCAAUAGCAUGCAAGUGUCAUGGGUGGUAGAUCCAAAAGUCUUUGACCACUUCAUUGUGCAAUACAAGCCCACUGACAGCCCUGAAAAAGCAUUGGAGAAAACUUUACCUGGUCAUCUAUCAACAGUUGACCUUACAGAAUUGACUGAAAAUACAGAAUACACAGUCAAAUUGAUUGGAUACAGAAAGAAAAAGCCCUCUAAGCCACUGGUUGCUCAGGUUACGACAGAGUCCAAAAUUGUACCAACUAUUGUUCCCACACUAUUUGUUGAAGGAACACCAACAAUUGUGGAAACACCAUUACCUACCACACGCUUACCUCCAAAGGAGGUUUCAGUGACAUCAGUCUCUGGAGUUCCAACUGAUUCUGCAGAUGAACUGGUCAUAUCUGACAUCAAGCCCGAUAGCUUUAAAGUUUCAUGGAUAGUAGACCCUGAAGUCUUUGAUGAGUUUGUUUUGGAAGUAGAAUCUCCAGACUCUACAAUUAUUCCUCUAAAGGAAACUGUUCCUGGAGAUAUUACGUCCGUUGACCUCACAGAUUUGAAAGAAAAUACGGAAUAUGUUGUAAGGCUCAUUGGCUCCAGAAAAGGAAAGUUGUCCAGGCCCCUGACAGCUAAAGUUACUACAGAUUUCAAAAUCCCUACAACUGUAACGCCUACAAAAUUAUAUGAUGAUACAUCGAGCUUUCCAUAUGAAGUAGCUGGCACAACCACUCAAGUGCCUACAAAGGAGGUCGUGGUGACAUCAGUGUCUGGAGUUCCAACUGAUUCUGCCGAUGAACUUGUAAUUUCUGACAUCACUACCAAUAGCAUGCAAGUUUCAUGGGUGGUAGAUCCAAAAGUCUUUGACCGCUUCAUUGUGCAAUACAAGCCCACUGACAGCCCUGAAAAAGCAUUGGAGAAAACUUUACCUGGUCAUCUAUCAACAGUUGAUCUUACAGAAUUGACUGAAAAUACAGAAUACACAGUCAAAUUGAUUGGAUACAGAAAGAAAAAGCCCUCAAAGCCACUGGUUGCUCAGGUUACGACAGAGUCCAAAAUUGUACCAACUAUUGUUCCCACACUAUUUGUUGAAGGAACAGGAACACCAACAAUUGUUGAAACACCAUUACCUACCACACGCUUACCUCCAAAGGAGGUUUCAGUGACAUCAGUCUCUGGAGUUCCAACUGAUUCUGCAGAUGAACUGGUCAUAUCUGACAUCAAGCCCGAUAGCUUUAAAGUUUCAUGGAUAGUAGACCCUGACGUCUUUGAUGAGUUUGUUUUGGAAGUAGAAUCUCCAGACUCUACAAUUAUUCCUCUAAAGGAAACUGUUCCUGGAGAUAUUACGUCCGUUGACCUCACAGAUUUGAAAGAAAAUACAGAAUAUGUUGUAAGGCUUAUUGGCUCCAGAAAAGGAAAGUUGUCCAGGCCCUUGACAGCUAAAGUUACCACAGAUUUCAAAAUCCCUACAACUGUAACGCCUACAAAAUUAUAUGAUGAUACAUCGAGCUUUCCAUAUGAAGUAGCUGGCACAACCACUCAAGUGCCUACAAAGGAGGUCGUGGUUACAUCAGUGUCUGGAGUUCCAACUGAUUCUGCCGAUGAACUUGUAAUUUCUGACAUCACUACCAAUAGCAUGCAAGUGUCAUGGGUGGUAGAUCCAAAAGUCUUUGACCGCUUCAUUGUGCAAUACAAGCCCACUGACAGCCCUGAAAAAGCAUUGGAGAAAACUUUACCUGGUCAUCUAUCAACAGUUGAUCUUACAGAAUUGACUGAAAAUACAGAAUACACGGUCAAAUUGAUUGGAUACAGAAAGAAAAAGCCCUCAAAGCCACUGGUUGCUCAGGUUAUGACAGAGUCCAAAAUUGUACCAACUAUUGUUCCCACACUAUUUGUUGAAGGAACAGGAACACCAACAAUUGUUGAAACACCAUUACCUACCACACGCUUACCUCCAAAGGAGGUUUCAGUGACAUCAGUCUCUGGAGUUCCAACUGAUUCUGCAGAUGAACUGGUCAUAUCUGACAUCAAGCCCGAUAGCUUUAAAGUUUCAUGGAUAGUAGACCCUGAGGUCUUUGAUGAAUUUGUUUUGGAAGUAGAAUCUCCAGACUCUACAAUUAUUCCUCUAAAGGAAACUGUUCCUGGAGAUAUUACGUCCGUUGACCUCACAGAUUUGAAAGAAAAUACGGAAUAUGUUGUAAGGCUUAUUGGCUCCAGGAAAGGAAAGUUGUCCAGGCCCCUGACAGCUAAAGUUACCACAGAUUUCAAAAUCCCUACAACUGUAACGCCUACAAAAUUGUAUGACGAAACAUCGAGCUUGCCAUAUGAAGUAGCUGGCACAACCACUCAAGUGCCUACAAAGGAGGUCUUGGUGACAUCAGUGUCUGGAGUUCCAACUGAUUCUGCGGAAGAACUUGUUAUUUCCGACAUCACUACCAAUAGCAUGCAAGUGUCAUGGGUGGUAGAUCCAAAAGUCUUUGACCGCUUCAUUGUGCAAUACAAGUCCACUGACAGCCCUGAAAAAGCAUUGGAGAAAACUUUACCUGGUCAUCUAUCAACAGUUGAUCUUACAGAAUUGACUGAAAAUACAGAAUACACGGUCAAAUUGAUUGGAUACAGAAAGAAAAAGCCCUCAAAGCCACUGGUUGCUCAGGUUACGACAGAGUCCAAAAUUGUACCAACUAUUGUUCCCACACUAUUUGUUGAAGGAACACCAACAAUUGUUGAAACACCAUUACCUACCACACGCUUACCUCCAAAGGAGGUUUCAGUGACAUCAGUCUCUGGAGUUCCAACUGAUUCUGCAGAUGAACUGGUCAUAUCUGACAUCAAGCCCGAUAGCUUUAAAGUUUCAUGGAUAGUUGACCCUGAAGUCUUUGAUGAGUUUGUUUUGGAAGUAGAAUCUCCAGACUCUACAAUUAUUCCUCUAAAGGAAACUGUUCCUGGAGAUAUUACGUCCGUUGACCUCACAGAUUUGAAAGAAAAUACGGAAUAUGUUGUAAGGCUUAUUGGCUCCAGAAAAGGAAAGUUGUCCAGGCCCCUGACAGCUAAAGUUACCACAGAUUUCAAAAUCCCUGCAACUGUAACGCCUACAAAAUUGUAUGACGAAACAUCGAGCUUGCCAUAUGAAGUAGCUGGCACAACCACUCAAGUGCCUACAAAGGAGGUCUUGGUGACAUCAGUGUCUGGAGUUCCAACUGAUUCUGCGGAAGAACUUGUUAUUUCCGACAUCACUACCAAUAGCAUGCAAGUGUCAUGGGUGGUAGAUCCAAAAGUCUUUGACCGCUUCAUUGUGCAAUACAAGCCCACUGACAGCCCUGAAAAAGCAUUGGAGAAAACUUUACCUGGUCAUCUAUCAACAGUUGAUCUUACAGAAUUGACUGAAAAUACAGAAUACACGGUCAAAUUGAUUGGAUACAGAAAGAAAAAGCCCUCAAAGCCACUGGUUGCUCAGGUUACGACAGAGUCCAAAAUUGUACCAACUAUUGUUCCCACACUAUUUGUUGAAGGAACAGGAACACCAACAAUUGUUGAAACACCAUUACCUACCACACGCUUACCUCCAAAGGAGGUUUCAGUGACAUCAGUCUCUGGAGUUCCAACUGAUUCUGCAGAUGAACUGGUCAUAUCUGACAUCAAGCCCGAUAGCUUUAAAGUUUCAUGGAUAGUAGACCCUGAAGUCUUUGAUGAAUUUGUUUUGGAAGUAGAAUCUCCAGACUCUACAAUUAUUCCUCUAAAGGAAACUGUUCCUGGAGAUAUUACGUCCGUUGACCUCACUGAUUUGAAAGAAAAUACGGAAUAUGUUGUAAGGCUUAUUGGCUCCAGAAAAGGAAAGAUGUCCAGGCCCCUGACAGCUAAAGUUACCACAGAUUUCAAAAUCCCUACAACUGUAACGCCUACAAAAUUGUAUGACGAAACAUCGAGCUUGCCAUAUGAAGUAGCUGGCACAACCACUCAAGUGCCUACAAAGGAGGUCUUGGUGACAUCAGUGUCUGGAGUUCCAACUGAUUCUGCGGAAGAACUUGUUAUUUCCGACAUCACUACCAAUAGCAUGCAAGUGUCAUGGGUGGUAGAUCCAAAAGUCUUUGACCGCUUCAUUGUGCAAUACAAGUCCACUGACAGCCCUGAAAAAGCAUUGGAGAAAACUUUACCUGGUCAUCUAUCAACAGUUGAUCUUACAGAAUUGACUGAAAAUACAGAAUACACGGUCAAAUUGAUUGGAUACAGAAAGAAAAAGCCCUCAAAGCCACUGGUUGCUCAGGUUACGACAGAGUCCAAAAUUGUACCAACUAUUGUUCCCACACUAUUUGUUGAAGGAACACCAACAAUUGUUGAAACACCAUUACCUACCACACGCUUACCUCCAAAGGAGGUUUCAGUGACAUCAGUCUCUGGAGUUCCAACUGAUUCUGCAGAUGAACUGGUCAUAUCUGACAUCAAGCCCGAUAGCUUUAAAGUUUCAUGGAUAGUAGACCCUGAAGUCUUUGAUGAGUUUGUUUUGGAAGUAGAAUCUCCAGACUCUACAAUUAUUCCUCUAAAGGAAACUGUUCCUGGAGAUAUUACGUCCGUUGACCUCACAGAUUUGAAAGAAAAUACGGAAUAUGUUGUAAGGCUUAUUGGCUCCAGAAAAGGAAAGUUGUCCAGGCCCCUGACAGCUAAAGUUACCACAGAUUUUAAAAUCCCUACAACUGUAACGCCUACAAAAUUGUAUGACGAAACAUCGAGCUUGCCAUAUGAAGUAGCUGGCACAACCACUCAAGUGCCUACAAAGGAGGUCUUGGUGACAUCAGUGUCUGGAGUUCCAACUGAUUCUGCAGAAGAACUUGUUAUUUCCGACAUCACUACCAAUAGCAUGCAAGUGUCAUGGGUGGUAGAUCCAAAAGUCUUUGACCGCUUCAUUGUGCAAUACAAGCCCACUGACAGCCCUGAAAAAGCAUUGGAGAAAACUUUACCUGGUCAUCUAUCAACAGUUGAUCUUACAGAAUUGACUGAAAAUACAGAAUACACGGUCAAAUUGAUUGGAUACAGAAAGAAAAAGCCCUCAAAGCCACUGGUUGCUCAGGUUACGACAGAGUCCAAAAUUGUACCAACUAUUGUUCCCACACUAUUUGUUGAAGGAACAGGAACACCAACAAUUGUUGAAACACCAUUACCUACCACACGCUUACCUCCAAAGGAGGUUUCAGUGACAUCAGUCUCUGGAGUUCCAACUGAUUCUGCAGAUGAACUGGUCAUAUCUGACAUCAAGCCCGAUAGCUUUAAAGUUUCAUGGAUAGUAGACCCUGAAGUCUUUGAUGAGUUUGUUUUGGAAGUAGAAUCUCCAGACUCUACAAUUAUUCCUCUAAAGGAAACUGUUCCUGGAGAUAUUACAUCCGUUGACCUCACAGAUUUGAAAGAAAAUACGGAAUAUGUUGUAAGGCUUAUUGGCUCCAGAAAAGGAAAGUUGUCCAGGCCCCUGACAGCUAAAGUUACCACAGAUUUCAAAAUCCCUACAACUGUAACGCCUACAAAAUUGUAUGACGAAACAUCGAGCUUGCCAUAUGAAGUAGCUGGCACAACCACUCAAGUGCCUACAAAGGAGGUCUUGGUGACAUCAGUGUCUGGAGUUCCAACUGAUUCUGCAGAAGAACUUGUUAUUUCCGACAUCACUACCAAUAGCAUGCAAGUGUCAUGGGUGGUAGAUCCAAAAGUCUUUGACCGCUUCAUUGUGCAAUACAAGCCCACUGACAGCCCUGAAAAAGCAUUGGAGAAAACUUUACCUGGUCAUCUAUCAACAGUUGAUCUUACAGAAUUGACUGAAAAUACAGAAUACACGGUCAAAUUGAUUGGAUACAGAAAGAAAAAGCCCUCAAAGCCACUGGUUGCUCAGGUUACGACAGAGUCCAAAAUUGUACCAACUAUUGUUCCCACACUAUUUGUUGAAGGAACAGGAACACCAACAAUUGUUGAAACACCAUUACCUACCACACGCUUACCUCCAAAGGAGGUUUCAGUGACAUCAGUCUCUGGAGUUCCAACUGAUUCUGCAGAUGAACUGGUCAUAUCUGACAUCAAGCCCGAUAGCUUUAAAGUUUCAUGGAUAGUAGACCCUGAAGUCUUUGAUGAAUUUGUUUUGGAAGUAGAAUCUCCAGACUCUACAAUUAUUCCUCUAAAGGAAACUGUUCCUGGAGAUAUUACGUCCGUUGACCUCACAGAUUUGAAAGAAAAUACGGAAUAUGUUGUAAGGCUUAUUGGCUCCAGAAAAGGAAAGUUGUCCAGGCCCCUGACAGCUAAAGUUACCACAGAUUUCAAAAUCCCUACAACUGUAACGCCUACAAAAUUGUAUGACGAAACAUCGAGCUUGCCAUAUGAAGUAGCUGGCACAACCACUCAAGUGCCUACAAAGGAGGUCUUGGUGACAUCAGUGUCUGGAGUUCCAACUGAUUCUGCGGAAGAACUUGUUAUUUCCGACAUCACUACCAAUAGCAUGCAAGUGUCAUGGGUGGUAGAUCCAAAAGUCUUUGACCGCUUCAUUGUGCAAUACAAGUCCACUGACAGCCCUGAAAAAGCAUUGGAGAAAACUUUACCUGGUCAUCUAUCAACAGUUGAUCUUACAGAAUUGACUGAAAAUACAGAAUACACGGUCAAAUUGAUUGGAUACAGAAAGAAAAAGCCCUCAAAGCCACUGGUUGCUCAGGUUACGACAGAGUCCAAAAUUGUACCAACUAUUGUUCCCACACUAUUUGUUGAAGGAACAGGAACACCAACAAUUGUUGAAACACCAUUACCUACCACACGCUUACCUCCAAAGGAGGUUUCAGUGACAUCAGUCUCUGGAGUUUCAACUGAUUCUGCAGAUGAACUGGUCAUAUCUGACAUCAAGCCCGAUAGCUUUAAAGUUUCAUGGAUAGUAGACCCUGAAGUCUUUGAUGAGUUUGUUUUGGAAGUAGAAUCUCCAGACUCUACAAUUAUUCCUCUAAAGGAAACUGUUCCUGGAGAUAUUACAUCCGUUGACCUCACAGAUUUGAAAGAAAAUACGGAAUAUGUUGUAAGGCUUAUUGGCUCCAGAAAAGGAAAGUUGUCCAGGCCCCUGACAGCUAAAGUUACCACAGAUUUCAAAAUCCCUACAACUGUAACGCCUACAAAAUUGUAUGACGAAACAUCGAGCUUGCCAUAUGAAGUAGCUGGCACAACCACUCAAGUGCCUACAAAGGAGGUCUUGGUGACAUCAGUGUCUGGAGUUCCAACUGAUUCUGCAGAAGAACUUGUUAUUUCCGACAUCACUACCAAUAGCAUGCAAGUGUCAUGGGUGGUAGAUCCAAAAGUCUUUGACCGCUUCAUUGUGCAAUACAAGCCCACUGACAGCCCUGAAAAAGCAUUGGAGAAAACUUUACCUGGUCAUCUAUCAACAGUUGAUCUUACAGAAUUGACUGAAAAUACAGAAUACACGGUCAAAUUGAUUGGAUACAGAAAGAAAAAGCCCUCAAAGCCACUGGUUGCUCAGGUUACGACAGAGUCCAAAAUUGUACCAACUAUUGUUCCCACACUAUUUGUUGAAGGAACAGGAACACCAACAAUUGUUGAAACACCAUUACCUACCACACGCUUACCUCCAAAGGAGGUUUCAGUGACAUCAGUCUCUGGAGUUCCAACUGAUUCUGCAGAUGAACUGGUCAUAUCUGACAUCAAGCCCGAUAGCUUUAAAGUUUCAUGGAUAGUAGACCCUGAAGUCAUUGAUGAAUUUGUUUUGGAAGUAGAAUCUCCAGACUCUACAAUUAUUCCUCUAAAGGAAACUGUUCCUGGAGAUAUUACGUCCGUUGACCUCACAGAUUUGAAAGAAAAUACGGAAUAUGUUGUAAGGCUUAUUGGCUCCAGAAAAGGAAAGUUGUCCAGGCCCCUGACAGCUAAAGUUACCACAGAUUUCAAAAUCCCUACAACUGUAACGCCUACAAAAUUGUAUGACGAAACAUCGAGCUUGCCAUAUGAAGUAGCUGGCACAACCACUCAAGUGCCUACAAAGGAGGUCUUGGUGACAUCAGUGUCUGGAGUUCCAACUGAUUCUGCGGAAGAACUUGUUAUUUCCGACAUCACUACCAAUAGCAUGCAAGUGUCAUGGGUGGUAGAUCCAAAAGUCUUUGACCGCUUCAUUGUGCAAUACAAGUCCACUGACAGCCCUGAAAAAGCAUUGGAGAAAACUUUACCUGGUCAUCUAUCAACAGUUGAUCUUACAGAAUUGACUGAAAAUACAGAAUACACGGUCAAAUUGAUUGGAUACAGAAAGAAAAAGCCCUCAAAGCCACUGGUUGCUCAGGUUACGACAGAGUCCAAAAUUGUACCAACUAUUGUUCCCACACUAUUUGUUGAAGGAACAGGAACACCAACAAUUGUUGAAACACCAUUACCUACCACACGCUUACCUCCAAAGGAGGUUUCAGUGACAUCAUUCUCUGGAGUUCCAACUGAUUCUGCAGAUGAACUGGUCAUAUCUGACAUCAAGCCUGAUAGCUUUAAAGUUUCAUGGAUAGUAGACCCUGACGUCUUUGAUGAGUUUGUUUUGGAAGUAGAAUCUCCAGACUCUACAAUUAUUCCUCUAAAGGAAACUGUUCCUGGAGAUAUUACGUCCGUUGACCUCACAGAUUUGAAAGAAAAUACAGAAUAUGUUUUAAGGCUUAUUGGCUCCAGAAAAGGAAAGUUGUCCAGGCCCUUGACAGCUAAAGUUACCACAGAUUUCAAAAUCCCUACAACUGUAACGCCUACAAAAUUGUAUGCCGAAACAUCGAGCUUGCCAUAUGAAGUAGCUGGCACAACCACUCACGUGCCUACAAAGGAGGUCUUGGUGACAUCAGUGUCUGGAGUUCCAACUGAUUCUGCGGAAGAACUUGUUAUUUCCGACAUCACUACCAAUAGCAUGCAAGUGUCAUGGGUGGUAGAUCCAAAAGUCUUUGACCGCUUCAUUGUGCAAUACAAGCCCACUGACAGCCCUGAAAAAGCAUUGGAGAAAACUUUACCUGGUCAUCUAUCAACAGUUGAUCUUACAGAAUUGACUGAAAAUACAGAAUACACGGUCAAAUUGAUUGGAUACAGAAAGAAAAAGCCCUCAAAGCCACUGGUUGCUCAGGUUACGACAGAGUCCAAAAUUGUACCAACUAUUGUUCCCACACUAUUUGUUGAAGGAACAGGAACACCAACAAUUGUUGAAACACCAUUACCUACCACACGCUUACCUCCAAAGGAGGUUUCAGUGACAUCAGUCUCUGGAGUUCCAACUGAUUCUGCAGAUGAACUGGUCAUAUCUGACAUCAAGCCCGAUAGCUUUAAAGUUUCAUGGAUAGUAGACCCUGAAGUCUUUGAUGAAUUUGUUUUGGAAGUAGAAUCUCCAGACUCUACAAUUAUUCCUCUCAAGGAAACUGUUCCUGGAGAUAUUACGUCCGUUGACCUCACAGAUUUGAAAGAAAAUACGGAAUAUGUUGUAAGGCUUAUUGGCUCCAGAAAAGGAAAGUUGUCCAGGCCCCUGACAGCUAAAGUUACCACAGAUUUCAAAAUCCCUACAACUGUAACGCCUACAAAAUUGUAUGACGAAACAUCGAGCUUGCCAUAUGAAGUAGCUGGCACAACCACUCAAGUGCCUACAAAGGAGGUCUUGGUGACAUCAGUGUCUGGAGUUCCAACUGAUUCUGCGGAAGAACUUGUUAUUUCCGACAUCACUACCAAUAGCAUGCAAGUGUCAUGGGUGGUAGAUCCAAAAGUCUUUGACCGCUUCAUUGUGCAAUACAAGUCCACUGACAGCCCUGAAAAAGCAUUGGAGAAAACUUUACCUGGUCAUCUUUCAACAGUUGAUCUUACAGAAUUGACUGAAAAUACAGAAUACACGGUCAAAUUGAUUGGAUACAGAAAGAAAAAGCCCUCAAAGCCACUGGUUGCUCAGGUUACGACAGAGUCCAAAAUUGUACCAACUAUUGUUCCCACACUAUUUGUUGAAGGAACACCAACAAUUGUGGAAACACCAUUACCUACCACACGCUUACCUCCAAAGGAGGUUUCAGUGACAUCAGUCUCUGGAGUUCCAACUGAUUCUGCAGAUGAACUGGUCAUAUCUGACAUCAAGCCCGAUAGCUUUAAAGUUUCAUGGAUAGUAGACCCUGAAGUCUUUGAUGAGUUUGUUUUGGAAGUAGAAUCUCCAGACUCUACAAUUAUUCCUCUAAAGGAAACUGUUCCUGGAGAUAUUACGUCCGUUGACCUCACAGAUUUGAAAGAAAAUACGGAAUAUGUUGUAAGGCUUAUUGGCUCCAGAAAAGGAAAGUUGUCCAGGCCCCUGACAGCUAAAGUUACCACAGAUUUCAAAAUCCCUACAACUGUAACGCCUACAAAAUUGUAUGACGAAACAUCGAGCUUGCCAUAUGAAGUAGCUGGCACAACCACUCACGUGCCUACAAAGGAGGUCUUGGUGACAUCAGUGUCUGGAGUUCCAACUGAUUCUGCGGAAGAACUUGUUAUUUCCGACAUCACUACCAAUAGCAUGCAAAUGUCAUGGGUGGUAGAUCCAAAAGUCUUUGACCGCUUCAUUGUGCAAUACAAGCCCACUGACAGCCCUGAAAAAGCAUUGGAGAAAACUUUACCUGGUCAUCUAUCAACAGUUGAUCUUACAGAAUUGACUGAAAAUACAGAAUACACGGUCAAAUUGAUUGGAUACAGAAAGAAAAAGCCCUCAAAGCCACUGGUUGCUCAGGUUAUGACAGAGUCCAAAAUUGUACCAACUAUUGUUCCCACACUAUUUGUUGAAGGAACAGGAACACCAACAAUUGUUGAAACACCAUUACCUACCACACGCUUACCUCCAAAGGAGGUUUCAGUGACAUCAGUCUCUGGAGUUCCAACUGAUUCUGCAGAUGAACUGGUCAUAUCUGACAUCAAGCCUGAUAGCUUUAAAGUUUCAUGGAUAGUAGACCCUGACGUCUUUGAUGAGUUUGUUUUGGAAGUAGAAUCUCCAGACUCUACAAUUAUUCCUCUAAAGGAAACUGUUCCUGGAGAUAUUACGUCCGUUGACCUCACAGAUUUGAAAGAAAAUACAGAAUAUGUUGUAAGGCUUAUUGGCUCCAGAAAAGGAAAGUUGUCCAGGCCCUUGACAGCUAAAGUUACCACAGAUUUCAAAAUCCCUACAACUGUAACGCCUACAAAAUUGUAUGACGAAACAUCGAGCUUGCCAUAUGAAGUAGCUGGCACAACCACUCACGUGCCUACAAAGGAGGUCUUGGUGACAUCAGUGUCUGGAGUUCCAACUGAUUCUGCGGAAGAACUUGUUAUUUCCGACAUCACUACCAAUAGCAUGCAAGUGUCAUGGGUGGUAGAUCCAAAAGUCUUUGACCGCUUCAUUGUGCAAUACAAGCCCACUGACAGCCCUGAAAAAGCAUUGGAGAAAACUUUACCUGGUCAUCUAUCAACAGUUGAUCUUACAGAAUUGACUGAAAAUACAGAAUACACGGUCAAAUUGAUUGGAUACAGAAAGAAAAAGCCCUCAAAGCCACUGGUUGCUCAGGUUACGACAGAGUCCAAAAUUGUACCAACUAUUGUUCCCACACUAUUUGUUGAAGGAACAGGAACACCAACAAUUGUUGAAACACCAUUACCUACCACACGCUUACCUCCAAAGGAGGUUUCAGUGACAUCAGUCUCUGGAGUUCCAACUGAUUCUGCAGAUGAACUGGUCAUAUCUGACAUCAAGCCCGAUAGCUUUAAAGUUUCAUGGAUAGUAGACCCUGAAGUCUUUGAUGAGUUUGUUUUGGAAGUAGAAUCUCCAGACUCUACAAUUAUUCCUCUAAAGGAAACUGUUCCUGGAGAUAUUACGUCCGUUGACCUCACAGAUUUGAAAGAAAAUACGGAAUAUGUUGUAAGGCUUAUUGGCUCCAGAAAAGGAAAGUUGUCCAGGCCCCUGACAGCUAAAGUUACCACAGAUUUCAAAAUCCCUACAACUGUAACGCCUACAAAAUUGUAUGACGAAACAUCGAGCUUGCCAUAUGAAGUAGCUGGCACAACCACUCAAGUGCCUACAAAGGAGGUCUUGGUGACAUCAGUGUCUGGAGUUCCAACUGAUUCUGCGGAAGAACUUGUUAUUUCCGACAUCACUACCAAUAGCAUGCAAGUGUCAUGGGUGGUAGAUCCAAAAGUCUUUGACCGCUUCAUUGUGCAAUACAAGCCCACUGACAGUCCUGAAAAAGCAUUGGAGAAAACUUUACCUGGUCAUCUAUCAACAGUUGAUCUUACAGAAUUGACUGAAAAUACAGAAUACACGGUCAAAUUGAUUGGAUACAGAAAGAAAAAGCCCUCAAAGCCACUGGUUGCUCAGGUUACGACAGAGUCCAAAAUUGUACCAACUAUUGUUCCCACACUAUUUGUUGAAGGAACAGGAACACCAACAAUUGUUGAAACACCAUUACCUACCACACGCUUACCUCCAAAGGAGGUUUCAGUGACAUCAGUCUCUGGAGUUCCAACUGAUUCUGCAGAUGAACUGGUCAUAUCUGACAUCAAGCCCGAUAGCUUUAAAGUUUCAUGGAUAGUAGACCCUGAAGUCUUUGAUGAGUUUGUUUUGGAAGUAGAAUCUCCAGACUCUACAAUUAUUCCUCUAAAGGAAACUGUUCCUGGAGAUAUUACGUCCGUUGACCUCACAGAUUUGAAAGAAAAUACGGAAUAUGUUGUAAGGCUUAUUGGCUCCAGAAAAGGAAAGUUGUCCAGGCCCCUGACAGCUAAAGUUACCACAGAUUUCAAAAUCCCUACAACUGUAACGCCUACAAAAUUAUAUGAUGAUACAUCGAGCUUGCCAUAUGAAGUAGCUGGCACAACCACUCAAGUGCCUACAAAGGAGGUCUUGGUGACAUCAGUGUCUGGAGUUCCAACUGAUUCCGCGGAAGAACUUGUCAUAUCCGACAUCAGUACCAAUAGCAUGAUAGUGUCAUGGGUGGUCGAUCCAAAAGUCUUUGACCGCUUCAUUGUGCAAUACAAGCCCACUGACAGCCCUGAAAAAGCAUUGGAGAAAUCUUUACCUGGUCAUCUAUCAACAGUUGAUCUUACGGAAUUGACUGAAAAUACAGAAUACACAGUCAAAUUGACUGGCUACAGAAAGAAAAAGCCCUCUAAGCCACUGGUUGCUCAGGUUACGACAGAGUUCAAAAUUGCAUCAACUAUUGUUCCCACACUAUUUGUUGAAGGAACACCAACAAUUGUUGAAACACCAUUACCUACCACACGCUUACCUCCAAAGGAGGUUUCAGUGACAUCAGUGUUUGGUGUUCCAACUGAUUCUGCAGAUAAGCUGGUCAUAUCUGACAUCAAGCCCGAUAGCUUUAAAGUUUCAUGGGUAGUAGACCCUGAAGUCUUUGAUGAAUUUGUUUUGGAAGUUGAAUCUCCAGACUCUACAAUUAUUCCUCUAAAGGAAACUGUUCCUGGAGAUAUUACAUCCGUUGACCUCACUGAUUUGAAAGAAAAUACGGAAUAUGUUGUAAGGCUUAUUGGCUCCAGAAAGGGAAAGUUGUCCAAUUCCCUAACAGCUAAAGUUAUCACAGAUUCUAAAAUCAUAACUGUAACGCCUACAAAAUUGUAUGACGAAACAUCGAGCUUGCCAUAUGAAGUAGCUGGCACAACCACUCAAGUGCCUACAAAGGAGGUCUCGGUGACAUCAGUGUCUGGAGUUCCAACUGAUUCUGCCGAUGAACUUGUAAUUUCUGACAUCACUACCAAUAGCAUGCAAGUGUCAUGGGUGGUAGAUCCAAAAGUCUUUGACCGCUUCAUUGUGCAAUACAAGCCCACUGACAGCCCUGAAAAAGCAUUGGAGAAAACUUUACCUGGUCAUCUAUCAACAGUUGAUCUUACAGAAUUGACUGAAAAUACAGAAUACACGGUCAAAUUGAUUGGAUACAGAAAGAAAAAGCCCUCAAAGCCACUGGUUGCUCAGGUUACGACAGAGUCCAAAAUUGUACCAACUAUUGUUCCCACACUAUUUGUUGAAGGAACAGGAACACCAACAAUUGUUGAAACACCAUUACCUACCACACGCUUACCUCCAAAGGAGGUUUCAGUGACAUCAGUCUCUGGAGUUCCAACUGAUUCUGCAGAUGAACUGGUCAUAUCUGACAUCAAGCCCGAUAGCUUUAAAGUUUCAUGGAUAGUAGACCCUGAAGUCUUUGAUGAGUUUGUUUUGGAAGUAGAAUCUCCAGACUCUACAAUUAUUCCUCUAAAGGAAACUGUUCCUGGAGAUAUUACGUCCGUUGACCUCACAGAUUUGAAAGAAAAUACGGAAUAUGUUGUAAGGCUUAUUGGCUCCAGAAAAGGAAAGUUGUCCAGGCCCCUGACAGCUAAAGUUACCACAGAUUUCAAAAUCCCUACAACUGUAACGCCUACAAAAUUGUAUGACGAAACAUCGAGCUUGCCAUAUGAAGUAGCUGGCACAACCACUCAAGUGCCUACAAAGGAGGUCUUGGUGACAUCAGUGUCUGGAGUUCCAACUGAUUCUGCGGAAGAACUUGUUAUUUCCGACAUCACUACCAAUAGCAUGCAAGUGUCAUGGGUGGUAGAUCCAAAAGUCUUUGACCGCUUCAUUGUGCAAUACAAGCCCACUGACAGUCCUGAAAAAGCAUUGGAGAAAACUUUACCUGGUCAUCUAUCAACAGUUGAUCUUACAGAAUUGACUGAAAAUACAGAAUACACGGUCAAAUUGAUUGGAUACAGAAAGAAAAAGCCCUCAAAGCCACUGGUUGCUCAGGUUACGACAGAGUCCAAAAUUGUACCAACUAUUGUUCCCACACUAUUUGUUGAAGGAACAGGAACACCAACAAUUGUUGAAACACCAUUACCUACCACACGCUUACCUCCAAAGGAGGUUUCAGUGACAUCAGUCUCUGGAGUUCCAACUGAUUCUGCAGAUGAACUGGUCAUAUCUGACAUCAAGCCCGAUAGCUUUAAAGUUUCAUGGAUAGUAGACCCUGAAGUCUUUGAUGAGUUUGUUUUGGAAGUAGAAUCUCCAGACUCUACAAUUAUUCCUCUAAAGGAAACUGUUCCUGGAGAUAUUACGUCCGUUGACCUCACAGAUUUGAAAGAAAAUACGGAAUAUGUUGUAAGGCUUAUUGGCUCCAGAAAAGGAAAGUUGUCCAGGCCCCUGACAGCUAAAGUUACCACAGAUUUCAAAAUCCCUACAACUGUAACGCCUACAAAAUUAUAUGAUGAUACAUCGAGCUUGCCAUAUGAAGUAGCUGGCACAACCACUCAAGUGCCUACAAAGGAGGUCUUGGUGACAUCAGUGUCUGGAGUUCCAACUGAUUCCGCGGAAGAACUUGUCAUAUCCGACAUCAGUACCAAUAGCAUGAUAGUGUCAUGGGUGGUCGAUCCAAAAGUCUUUGACCGCUUCAUUGUGCAAUACAAGCCCACUGACAGCCCUGAAAAAGCAUUGGAGAAAUCUUUACCUGGUCAUCUAUCAACAGUUGAUCUUACGGAAUUGACUGAAAAUACAGAAUACACAGUCAAAUUGACUGGCUACAGAAAGAAAAAGCCCUCUAAGCCACUGGUUGCUCAGGUUACGACAGAGUUCAAAAUUGCAUCAACUAUUGUUCCCACACUAUUUGUUGAAGGAACACCAACAAUUGUUGAAACACCAUUACCUACCACACGCUUACCUCCAAAGGAGGUUUCAGUGACAUCAGUGUUUGGUGUUCCAACUGAUUCUGCAGAUAAGCUGGUCAUAUCUGACAUCAAGCCCGAUAGCUUUAAAGUUUCAUGGGUAGUAGACCCUGAAGUCUUUGAUGAAUUUGUUUUGGAAGUUGAAUCUCCAGACUCUACAAUUAUUCCUCUAAAGGAAACUGUUCCUGGAGAUAUUACAUCCGUUGACCUCACUGAUUUGAAAGAAAAUACGGAAUAUGUUGUAAGGCUUAUUGGCUCCAGAAAGGGAAAGUUGUCCAAUUCCCUAACAGCUAAAGUUAUCACAGAUUCUAAAAUCAUAACUGUAACGCCUACAAAAUUGUAUGACGAAACAUCGAGCUUGCCAUAUGAAGUAGCUGGCACAACCACUCAAGUGCCUACAAAGGAGGUCUCGGUGACAUCAGUAUCUGGAGUUCCAACUGAUUCCGCAGAAGAACUUGUCAUUUCCGACAUCACUACCAAUAGCAUGAUAGUGUCAUGGGUGGUCGAUCCAAAAAUCUUUGACCGCUUUAUUGUGCAAUACAAGCCCACUGACAGCCCUGAAAAAGCAUUGGAGAAAACUUUACCUGGUCAUCUAUCAACAGUUGAUCUUACAGAAUUGACUGAAAAUACAGAAUACACAGUCAAAUUGACUGGCUACAGAAAGAAAAAGCCCUCUAAGCCACUGGUUGCUCAGGUUACGACAGAGACCAAAAUUGUACCAACUAUUGUUCCCACACUAUUUGUUGAAGGAACAGGAACACCAACAAUUGUUGAAACACCAUUACCUACCACACGCUUACCUCCAAAGGAGAUUUCAGUGACAUCAGUCUCUGGAGUUCCAACUGAUUCUGCAGAUGAACUGGUCAUAUCUGACAUCAAGCCCGAUAGCUUUAAAGUUUCAUGGAUAGUAGACCCUGAAGUCUUUGAUGAGUUUGUUUUGGAAGUAGAAUCUCCAGACUCUACAAUUAUUCCUCUAAAGGAAACUGUUCCUGGAGAUAUUACGUCCGUUGACCUCACAGAUUUGAAAGAAAAUACGGAAUAUGUUGUAAGGCUUAUUGGCUCCAGAAAAGGAAAGUUGUCCAGGCCCCUGACAGCUAAAGUUACCACAGAUUUCAAAAUCCCUACAACUGUAACGCCUACAAAAUUGUAUGACGAAACAUCGAGCUUGCCAUAUGAAGUAGCUGGCACAACCACUCAAGUGCCUACAAAGGAGGUCUUGGUGACAUCAGUGUCUGGAGUUCCAACUGAUUCUGCGGAAGAACUUGUUAUUUCCGACAUCACUACCAAUAGCAUGCAAGUGUCAUGGGUGGUAGAUCCAAAAGUCUUUGACCGCUUCAUUGUGCAAUACAAGCCCACUGACAGUCCUGAAAAAGCAUUGGAGAAAACUUUACCUGGUCAUCUAUCAACAGUUGAUCUUACAGAAUUGACUGAAAAUACAGAAUACACGGUCAAAUUGAUUGGAUACAGAAAGAAAAAGCCCUCAAAGCCACUGGUUGCUCAGGUUACGACAGAGUCCAAAAUUGUACCAACUAUUGUUCCCACACUAUUUGUUGAAGGAACAGGAACACCAACAAUUGUUGAAACACCAUUACCUACCACACGCUUACCUCCAAAGGAGGUUUCAGUGACAUCAGUCUCUGGAGUUCCAACUGAUUCUGCAGAUGAACUGGUCAUAUCUGACAUCAAGCCCGAUAGCUUUAAAGUUUCAUGGAUAGUAGACCCUGAAGUCUUUGAUGAGUUUGUUUUGGAAGUAGAAUCUCCAGACUCUACAAUUAUUCCUCUAAAGGAAACUGUUCCUGGAGAUAUUACGUCCGUUGACCUCACAGAUUUGAAAGAAAAUACGGAAUAUGUUGUAAGGCUUAUUGGCUCCAGAAAAGGAAAGUUGUCCAGGCCCCUGACAGCUAAAGUUACCACAGAUUUCAAAAUCCCUACAACUGUAACGCCUACAAAAUUAUAUGAUGAUACAUCGAGCUUGCCAUAUGAAGUAGCUGGCACAACCACUCAAGUGCCUACAAAGGAGGUCUUGGUGACAUCAGUGUCUGGAGUUCCAACUGAUUCCGCGGAAGAACUUGUCAUUUCCGACAUCAGUACCAAUAGCAUGAUAGUGUCAUGGGUGGUCGAUCCAAAAGUCUUUGACCGCUUCAUUGUGCAAUACAAGCCCACUGACAGCCCUGAAAAAGCAUUGGAGAAAUCUUUACCUGGUCAUCUAUCAACAGUUGAUCUUACGGAAUUGACUGAAAAUACAGAAUACACAGUCAAAUUGACUGGCUACAGAAAGAAAAAGCCCUCUAAGCCACUGGUUGCUCAGGUUACGACAGAGUUCAAAAUUGCAUCAACUAUUGUUCCCACACUAUUUGUUGAAGGAACACCAACAAUUGUUGAAACACCAUUACCUACCACACGCUUACCUCCAAAGGAGGUUUCAGUGACAUCAGUGUUUGGUGUUCCAACUGAUUCUGCAGAUAAGCUGGUCAUAUCUGACAUCAAGCCCGAUAGCUUUAAAGUUUCAUGGGUAGUAGACCCUGAAGUCUUUGAUGAAUUUGUUUUGGAAGUUGAAUCUCCAGACUCUACAAUUAUUCCUCUAAAGGAAACUGUUCCUGGAGAUAUUACAUCCGUUGACCUCACUGAUUUGAAAGAAAAUACGGAAUAUGUUGUAAGGCUUAUUGGCUCCAGAAAGGGAAAGUUGUCCAAUUCCCUAACAGCUAAAGUUAUCACAGAUUCUAAAAUCAUAACUGUAACGCCUACAAAAUUGUAUGACGAAACAUCGAGCUUGCCAUAUGAAGUAGCUGGCACAACCACUCAAGUGCCUACAAAGGAGGUCUUGGUGACAUCAGUAUCUGGAGUUCCAACUGAUUCCGCAGAAGAACUUGUCAUUUCCGACAUCACUACCAAUAGCAUGAUAGUGUCAUGGGUGGUCGAUCCAAAAAUCUUUGACCGCUUUAUUGUGCAAUACAAGCCCACUGACAGCCCUGAAAAAGCAUUGGAGAAAACUUUACCUGGUCAUCUAUCAACAGUUGAUCUUACAGAAUUGACUGAAAAUACAGAAUACACAGUCAAAUUGACUGGCUACAGAAAGAAAAAGCCCUCUAAGCCACUGGUUGCUCAGGUUACGACAGAGACCAAAAUUGUACCAACUAUUGUUCCCACACUAUUUGUUGAAGGAACAGGAACACCAACAAUUGUUGAAACACCAUUACCUACCACACGCUUACCUCCAAAGGAGGUUUCAGUGACAUCAGUCUCUGGAGUUCCAACUGAUUCUGCAGAUGAACUGGUCAUAUCUGACAUCAAGCCCAAAAGCUUUAAAGUUUCAUGGAUAGUAGACCCUGAAGUCUUUGAUGAGUUUGUUUUGGAAGUUGAAUCUCCAGACUCUACAAUUAUUCCUCUAAAGGAAACUGUUCCUGGAGAUAUUACGUCCGUUGACCUCACAGAUUUGAAAGAAAAUACGGAAUAUGUUGUAAGGCUUAUUGGCUCCAGAAAGGGAAAGUUGUCCAGGCCCCUGACAGCUAAAGUUACCACAGAUUCCAAAAUCAUAACUGUAACGCCUACAAAAUUGUAUGAUGAAACAUCGAGCUUGCCAUAUGAAGAAGCUGGCACAACCACUCAAGUGCCUACAAAGGAGGUCUUGGUGACAUCAGUGUCUGGAGUUCCAAUUGAUUCUGCGGAAGAACUUGUUAUUUCUGACAUUACUACCAAUAGCAUGAAAGUGUCAUGGGUGGUAGAUCCAAAAGUCUUUGACCGCUUCAUUGUGCAAUACAAGCCCACUGACAGCCCUGAAAAAGCAUUGGAGAAAACUUUACCUGGUCAUCUAUCAACAGUUGAUCUUACAGAAUUGACUGCAAAUACAGAAUACACAGUCAAAUUGAUUGGCUACAGAAAGAAAAAGCCCUCUAAGCCACUGGUUGCUCAGGUUACGACAGAGACCAAAAUUGUACCAACUAUUGUUCCCACACUAUUUGUUGAAGGAACAGGAACACCAACAAUUGUUGAAACACCAUUACCUACCACACACUUACCUCCAAAGGAGGUUUCAGUGACAUCAGUCUCUGGAGUUCCAACUGAUUCUGCAGAUGAACUGGUCAUAUCUGACAUCAAGCCCGAAAGCUUUAAAGUUUCAUGGAUAGUAGACCCUGAAGUCUUUGAUGAGUUUGUUUUGGAAGUAGAAUCUCCAGACUCUACAAUUAUUCCUCUAAAGGAAACUGUUCCUGGAGAUAUUGCAUCCGUUGACCUCACUGAUUUGAAAGAAAAUACGGAAUAUGUUGUAAGGCUUAUUGGCUCCAGAAAGGGAAAGUUUUCCAGGCCCCUGACAGCUAAAGUUACCACAGAUUCCAAAAUCAUAACUGUAACGCCUUCAAAAUUGUAUGAUGAAACAUCGAGCUUGCCAUAUGAAGAAGCUGGCACAACCACUCAAGUGCCUACAAAGGAGGUCUUGGUGACAUCAGUGUCUGGAGUUCCAACUGAUUCUGCGGAAGAACUUGUUAUUUCUGACAUUACUACCAAUAGCAUGAAAGUGUCAUGGGUGGUAGAUCCAAAAGUCUUUGACCGCUUCAUUGUGCAAUACAAGCCCACUGAUAGCCCUGAAAAAGCAUUGGAGAAAACUUUACCUGGUCAUUUAUCAACAGUUGAUCUUACAGAAUUGACUGGAAAUACAGAAUACACAGUAAAAUUGACUGGCUACAGAAAGAAAAAGCCCUCUCAGCCACUGGUUGCUAAGGUUACGACAGAGUUCAAAAUUGUACCAACUAUUGUACCCACACUAUUUGUUGAAGGAACAGGAACACCAACAAUUGUUGAAACACCAUUACCUACCACACGCUUACCUCCAAAGGAGGUUUCAGUGACAUCAGUGUCUGGAGUUCCAACUGAUUCUGCAGAUGAACUUGUCAUAUCUGACAUCACGCCCGAUAGCUUUAAAGUUUCAUGGGUAGUAGACCCUGAAGUCUUUGAUGAAUUUGUUUUGGAAGUUGAAUCUCCAGACUCUACAAUUAUUCCUCUAAAAGAAACUGUUCCUGGAGAUAUUACAUCCGUUGACCUCACUGAUUUGAAAGAAAAUACGGAAUAUGUUGUAAGGCUUAUUGGCUCCAGAAAGGGAAAGUUGUCCAGUCCCCUGACAGCUAAAGUUACCACAGAUUCCAAAAUCAUAACUGUAACGCCUACAAAAUUGUAUGAUGAAACAUCGAGCUUGCCAUAUGAAGUAGCUGGCACAACCACUCAAGUGCCUACAAAGGAGGUCUUGGUGACAUCAGUGUCUGGAGUUCCAACUGAUUCUGCGGAAGAACUUGUAAUUUCUGACAUCACUACCAAUAGCAUGAAAGUGUCAUGGGUGGUCGAUCCAAAAGUCUUUGACCGCUUCAUUGUGCAAUACAAGCCCACUGACAGCCCUCAAAAAGCAUUGGAGAAAACUUUACCUGGUCAUCUAUCAACAGUUGAUCUUACAGAAUUGACUGAAAAUACAGAAUAUACAGUCAAAUUGAUUGGCUACAGAAAGAAAAAGCCAUCUAAGCCACUCGUUGCUAAGGUUACGACAGAGUCCAAAAUUGUACCAACUAUUGUUCCAACACUAUUUGUUGAAGGAACAGGAACACCAACAAUUGUUGAAACACCAUUACCUACCACACGCUUACCUCCAAAGGAGGUUUCAGUGACAUCAGUGUCUGGAGUUCCAACUGAUUCUGCAGAUGAACUUGUCAUAUCUGACAUCACGCCCGAUAGCUUUAAAGUUUCAUGGGUAGUAGACCCUGAAGACUUUGAUGAAUUUGUUUUGGAAGUUGAAUCUCCAGACUCUACAAUUAUUCCUCUAAAAGAAACUGUUCCUGGAGAUAUUACAUCCGUUGACCUCACUGAUUUGAAAGAAAAUACGGAAUAUGUUGUAAGGCUUAUUGGCUCCAGAAAGGGAAAGUUGUCCAGUCCCCUGACAGCUAAAGUUACCACAGAUUCCAAAAUAAUAACUGUAACGCCUACAAAAUUGUAUGAUGAAACAUCGAGCUUGCCAUAUGAAGUAGCUGGCACAACCACUCAAGUGCCUACAAAGGAGGUCUUGGUGACAUCAGUGUCUGGAGUUCCAACUGAUUCUGCGGAAGAACUUGUAAUUUCUGACAUCACUACCAAUAGCAUGAAAGUGUCAUGGGUGGUCGAUCCAAAAGUCUUUGACCGCUUCAUUGUGCAAUACAAGCCCACUGACAGCCCUGAAAAAGCAUUGGAGAAAACUUUACCUGGUCAUCUAUCAACAGUUGAUCUUACAGAAUUGACUGAAAAUACAGAAUAUACAGUCAAAUUGAUUGGCUACAGAAAGAAAAAGCCAUCUAAGCCACUCGUUGCUAAGGUUACGACAGAGUCCAAAAUUGUACCAACUAUUGUUCCAACACUAUUUGUUGAAGGAACAGGAACACCAACAAUUGUUGAAACACCAUUACCUACCACACGCUUACCUCCAAAGGAGGUUUCAGUGACAUCAGUCUCUGGAGUUCCAACUGAUUCUGCAGAUGAGCUGGUCAUAUCUGAAAUCACGUCUGGGAGCAUGAAGGUGUCGUGGGUGGUAGAUCCAACAGUCUUUGAGCGCUUUGUUGUGCAAUACAAGCCUUCUGACAGUGCUGCGAAACCACUUGAAAAAAGAUUACCUGGCAAAGAUACUAAAGUCGCUCUUACAGACUUGAUCGAUGACACUGAAUACAUUAUUAAACUCAUUGGCUUCAGACGAGGAAAGCCUUCCAAGCCACUGGUGUCUCAAGUUAAAACGGAGCCCGAACCAAAAUCAACUCCUUUACCCACGGCAGUCAUCUAUGAGGCCAUUACACCAACCGUUGUUGAGUUUCCUGGAACUACCACACACGAACCUUCAAAGGAGGUGUCGGUAACAUCUGUGUCUGGGGUUCCAACUGAUUCUGCUGAUGAACUUGUCAUAUCUGACAUCACGUCUGAGAGCAUGAAGGUGUCGUGGGUUGUAGAUCCAAAAGUCUUUGAGCGAUUCAUUGUGCAAUGCAAGCCCAUUGACAGCCCUGAGAAACCACUCGAAAAAACAUUGCCUGGACACAUUUCUACAGUUGAUUUUACAGCCCUGAUCGAUGACACUGAAUAUAUGAUUAAGCUCAUUGGUUACAGGCGAGGAAAGCCUUCCAAGCCACUGGUUGCUCAAGUUAAGACAGAGCCCAAACCAAAAUCAACUCCUUCACCCACGGCAGUCAUCGAUGAGGCCAUUACACCAUCCGUUGUUGAGUUGCCUGGAACUACCACACACGAACCUUCAAAGGACGUGUCAGUAACUUCUGUGUCUGGGGUUCCAACUGAUUCCGCUGAUGAACUUUUCAUAUCUGACAUCAGUACCCAUAGCAUGAAAGUAUCAUGGGUGGUAGAUCCAAAUGUCUUUGAGCGCUUUGUUGUGCAAUACAAGCCUGCUGACAGUUCUGAGAAACCACUCGAAAAAACAUUGCCUGGCAAAGUUUCUACAAUUGAUCUUACAGACUUGAGCGAUGACACUGAAUAUAUCAUUAAACUCAUUGGUUACAGGCGAGGAAAGCCCUCCAAGCCACUGGUGGCUCAAGUAAAGACAGAAAUUAAACUGUUAACACCUCCAGAACCCGCAAGUGUAGUUGAAGGAUCAGAACCAAUAUCUACUUUUGAAGACCUUGAAAUUGCCACGAAGAUCCCCGACAGAACGAUUUCAGUGACAUCUGUUUCUGGGGUGCCAAUCGAUUCUGCCAAUGCACUUGUUAUAUCUCAUAUCACAGCCAAUAGCAUUAGGAUUUCGUGGGUAGUAGAUACUAAAGUGUUUGACCGCUUCAUUGUGCGCUUCAAACCAACGGGCAGCAUUGUAACGCCAUUUGAAAGAAAUUUGGCUGGGCAUGUCACCACCUUAGAUAUAUUCGAGUUAACAGAAAACACCGAGUAUACUAUUAUUCUCCUUGGUGCAAGGCGUGGAUUGUUUUCCAAACCUCUGAUGGCGAAAGUAACAACAGAAACCAAAGUGAAGUCCACUGCAGAUACUUCAACGUACCUUGCAGUACCCACGACUGAAGUUCCACGGCAUGUCCAGCAGAUAACAGUGACUGCCACUCCUGGUGUUCCAUUUCAAUCUGCCAAUGAACUCACAAUAUCUGAGAUAAGCGACGAUAGCAUUGUCGUUUCAUGGAAAUCAGAUCCAAAAUUGUUUGAUAAAUUCAUCAUCCGAUACAGACCUACCUGCAGCUCAAAAAAACCUUUGGACCGCAUUGUGUCCAGCCAUGACUCCAUGGUUAAAAUUAAAGGACUUCUUGAGAGCACGGUUUACGAAAUAUCCAUCCUUGGCAUAAAACGAGGGAGAUUCUCAAAACCUGUUUCAGCAAAGAUUAUCACAGCAUUGUCAAAGGAUAAAGGCAUGAAGCUUGCCACAACAGCGAUACCCACUGAAACCGAUUUCCCUGUGCAUACCACAUCAUUCCCUGAUACGGAAGUUGUAUCUGUGUUUGCAAUUUCUGGAGUUCCAGUCGACUCUGCAAACCAACUGUAUAUUUCUGAGAUAAAGCCACACAGCAUCAGAGUUUCGUGGGUGGUGCACGAAUAUGUGUUUGACAAAUUUGUCGUGAAAUACAAGCCCGUGGAUAGUGCUGAUAGACCUUUAGAACAGAUUGUACCUGGCGACGUUAAAACCAUCGUGCUUAAACAUCUGAAGGAGAGCACAGAGUAUGAAGUCACAAUAGUUGCAAAGAAAAGAAGGAAAUAUUCCAAACCAUUGACUGCAAGGGUGAUUUCAGGUAUUGACGGGCCAAAGAAUCUGCAGGUGGUGUCCGUGACCGAGUCCACGAUGGACAUCGAGUGGGAGGACACCCAGUCUCCCAUCGAUCACUACACGGUGCAUUACAGCACCUCGUCAGGAGACCCACCAGGCAACAUCAAGGUGUACAAGAGCGCACAGCCUACCACCAAGAUAACAAUCACUGGCCUGCAGCCUGGAACUGAAUACAAGAUAUCUGUGGUGGCUGUUAAGGGGAGCAAAGGAAGUGCUCCAGCAAGUACGACCGGACAAACUGUCAUUGACGGUCCAAAGGACCUGCAGGUAACCGAUUCUAGUGACACCAACAUAUCGCUCAGCUGGACGGCUCCCAGCACCAGCUUCGACCGCUACACCAUCACGUUUGCCUCGGACACCAGCGACGAUGGCCGGGAGGUGACCGUCCUGGCCGACGCUACCACGGCCACCCUCUCGGACCUGGAGCCAGGCACAGAGUACACCAUCAGCCUGCGGGCCGAGAAGGGGUCUGUACACAGCGCCCGGGCUUUGACCAGCGGCAAGACUGGCUGCAAGCCGGCCACUGCAAUGCGGUUUUCCGAUAUCACUCCGACCAGCUUAGUAGCGUCUUGGGCAUCGCCACCCGCUACACCCGACUACUACAUUGUCAAGUACAGCCAGAGGAACAGAGAGCCACACACGGUCGCAGUGAGUGGAGGACAAAACUACGUGGUGUUGUCUGACUUAAAACCUGACACAGAGUACAGAGUGCGGGUCAUUUCCGUCAAAGGGGUAUCUUCGUCCAAACCCCUGAUUGGUGACGUCUUCACAGCUUCAGGAAGCCUCCAGCCACCGUGCCCCGACGCGAACGCCGACGAUGAGGAUCUGAAUAGCAGAGAAACGGGGGAGCCAGACUACGUCGAGAUACAGCCUGCCUCCAACGACGCGCAAAAAUGCAAAUUCACAGAGAACGCCGAGUCGGCCUCGACCGCGCCACCCCCCGCCGACAAGGAGCUGUACGGCCUCAGCCCUGUUGACGUAGAGUCCUCAACAAUGAGGCUGUCGUGGGCGUCGAAGCCCUUCGCUUUCCAGAACUUUGUCAUAAAGUACGGGCCGGUGUCCGCCGGGAAGAUGCGUAAAGUAGUGGUGGCCGGAGACUCCCGGUCGCUCAAAAUUUCAGGGCUUAAAGGCAACACCGAGUACGUGGUUUCGCUCGCAGGGGUGCGUGAUGAUACCCUGUCACCGCCACUGACAAUACGUGUCACGACAGCCACAGCCUCCGAACGCGUGAGAAGAAGCCUUGGUUUGAGGCGUGCAGACAGCGUCCACAAGAAGUCGUUGGCUGCUACGCUUAAGGAUGAAGGUGAAAUCUUGAGCCAAUUGACAGACGUGUCAGCCUCGAUACCCCACAGAAAACGCGGGUCUGACAAUCACGUUUCAGGGGACACAGCAGGUCUGGAGGUGAAACUUGUAAAGUCUGCAUCUGUGAUUGACCGCAAGGCACCCGAAGUUAUAUCCGAGAACGGUUAUUUCUCCGAGAUAUAUUCCUUCCUCAGUGGUUUAACUACAGAUUUCAGCAGCGCAGCUAAGGGAAAAGCGAUAGACACUCCCAGGGACAUUGACUUUAAGGACACCAGGGAGACGUCCGUCGUCGUGGCCUGGACCGCUCCGUCCGCCGACGCAGACAGCUUCAAGAUCGCUUACGUCCCGACGGCUGGAGGCGAGCCCGAGAGCCGGCGGGUGGCUUCGUCGCUGACGGAGGUUACGCUGACCCAUCUGACCCCCGGCACGGAGUACGAAGUGAACCUCAUCAGCGUCAAGGGCUUCCAGGAGAGCGAUCCCCUUACGGGGACCUUCACCACCCUGCUGGAUAGCCCGUCCGUUCUGAGCGCGGAGGAUGUCACCGACAGCUCGGCCCUGCUCAAGUGGAAGCCCACGAUAGGCCCCGUGGACACCUACGCGCUCACCUACAGCUUCGAAGACGAAGAGCCCGUGACCGUCACCGUUUCGGGCGGCACGGUUGAACACCAGCUGACCGACCUGAAUCCCAACACGCCGUACGUCGCCAGGGUUCGCGCGGUCAAGGGAGCCCAGCAGAGCGCGGACACGGCAGUCGACUUCAUCACCGCCCGAAAGAAGACGAGCUUCCCCAGGGACUGCAGCGAGGCCUUGCAGGGCGACCAGGCCAGCGGCGUGUUCACCAUCUUCCUGAACGGCAACGCGAGCCAGCCACUGCCGGUCUACUGCGACAUGACCACCGACGGCGGAGGAUGGAUCGUCGUACAGAGGCGUCAAAACGGGCUCACGGACUUCUUUCGUAACUGGAAGGCGUACGAGAAAGGCUUUGGAGACAUCAACGAUGAAUUCUGGCUCGGCCUCCAGAACAUCUUUGCGCUGACGUCGCAAGGGCGCUACGAGCUGCGCGUGGACCUGCGAGACGGCGAGUGGGGCGCCCACGCCGUGUACGACCACUUCUCCGUGGCCAACGCCAGCGGCCUCUACCGACUCAAAGUCGGCGAAUACAGCGGGACGGCCGGCGACUCAAUGACCUACCACCAGGGCCGUCCGUUCUCGACGGUGGACCGGGACAACGACCUGGCCAUCACCAACUGCGCCGUCUCCUACCACGGCGCCUGGUGGUACAAGAACUGCCACCGGGCCAACCUCAACGGCAAAUACGGAGACACAAGCCACAGCCAGGGCGUCAACUGGUACCACUGGAAAGGCCACGAGUACUCCGUUCCGUUUGUGGAGAUGAAGAUUCGCCCGUUCGCCGCUGCCAAGAGGGGCAGCAGACAGCACCUGCGGCAGCUCGGGAGAGAAGGGCGGAAUUAGACGUGGGCUUUGAUGUAGCAUGUGGGUUGGCUACGUACGAUGCAAAAAAUGUUCAACGUACUUGCAUUCAUUGAAGGAAGAGAUGCCUCCGCACCCACCGCCCUCCUCCCCCCCAAAAAAAUAACGAAACAGCUUUUUGCCUUUUGUAGACACACACGUAGCCUGUCGGUCCGACGUGCGAUUGAAGUUUGUCAGCGAGUAAAAUACUUUCAAAUUACUCUUUUGGCGUGCCGUCGUUGUGGCACUGCAGUAACAUUGUAGUAAAGUGUAAAUCAAUUCGAACAACACGCGCCGUACAACCUGAAAACACAUCGGAGAGCUGUACAGUUAUGUCGCAGCGCGAUCAUGAGAUCAAAUUUUUGUUUUUCAUUAACGAAGCUUCAAUCUCGUGUCGGGCAGCCCAGGUGAACACAGCGCCUAGCUAGGCGAGUAUAAAAUCUGCGAACUAAGAGCUGUCCGGCUCUCAGACGUGUUUUCAGGCUGUACCACGUGUCCUUUGGUAUCAUGUCCGUCGUUUUACGCCACGUUCUGAGACCUUAUCCAGGGACAAAAUUGAGCAUCUCCCGUUCUACCUUGACUGCGUAAACGUCACCGGCUACUGCCGGUGUCGGUCAUCGUCAAGAACCAGCCACAAGAGCGGCACUCCAGCGACGCUAUAUAAUCAAGGGAGAACGGCGAUCUGUGCUCAAUUCGGUUCCCGGAGAAGCUCCCGGCACGUGGAGCGAAACGUCGGACAUCAUUCCAGAGGACGCGCGGCAACGACCCGAAAACAAAUAGCGGGGAUCUGCACAACUCGACCGCGACGACCUACGCAGUAGAAUAACAGCUGAUUUGCUUUUUUGUAGAGUUGUCUUACGUAACGGACAGUGCUGGCAGUUGACUGACACGUUGGGUUCCACGUUGAAAGUCAACGGGUCAACAAUUACACAUCACGCAUCCGGGAAUUUUCUUUUUUUCUUUUUGAACGUCUAGCACAGCGUCCGUGAGCAGUGUCAGCAGACGACCUUGCUGCCAGCACCGUGCUCUAACAGAUAGUUGACAAAGAGAUUUGAAAGAUCAGUUUAUAUAUUCUUAACAAGCAUAGAGACAAUACUUUAUUAUGACGAAAUGUUUCAUUUAUGUUGUUUUUAUUUGGGUCAACUCCGUUUAUGUUAUUUUACCUAUCAGAAGCAAGGAACAGAGAGUUUAGAUAAACGAUCAAAGCUCUAGCUUGGUGAUUGCCCACCAUCCAAUUGCUUCCGUUGCUAUACGAUGUUAUUUCAUGUAGUAUUGAGAGAUGUUAUUCAAUACAGUCUAUUACAUUAUAUUAAGUACCCAAAAGAAUCGACAUUUUUUGUCAUCUGUGUCCUAGAAUAAACACAUUUCCUUUUGGCAAGACAUUGAUAACCCUGCAUAGACGCCUCUGUCGGGUUACAAGGUGUGAAUGGUGCUAGAUUAAAAAAAAAAGUUAUUACAAAUUUCACACUGCCUGAACUAACCUUCGCUUACCCUGGCUAAGAUGGUAUAUUUGCUGUUUUGAGAAUAUUUUUACCAAAGCACUGUACAUAAAAGAGAUGAUUAUAUAAACGGUCAGUACACAAAACUUGUGAAACUCAUAGCUUUGUAUUGCAAUAUAUUUUAAUUCUGAAAAAACAAAUCUUAAUUAUAUAUAUCUCUUGAAAGAAAAAAAUUCAACUUAACAAGUUUAAGAUUAAGAAGUUUAAGAUUAGCAUUACUGCAGCUCGAAUUUUGAAGGGCAUUGUCAAGAGGACACUGUGGUGCCAAAGCUUUUUUUGUCUUGUAUUUAAGUAAAUGUAUAUGAAUAAAUUGGUUAAGUCCCUUGGAGUUAAAACUAUAUCCAAAUUAAUUGGAACAUUUUCAGUUUCAUUGCUCUAUAUGCUGUGGAUGUGUUUCAAGUAGGGGUGGAAUGAUUUACCCGCCGCUGGCAAUUAAAUGACUUCUCGUGAACCGGGAUCAUAGUUCGAUUUGGUGAAUGGUAGCCGCCACCUCAAGCGGCUGCAGGAGUGACAUUGAUUUUUACGUGUGCUUAAUAAUGUAUUCCCAUGAAUCGAUGUAUCAUCCCACCCUUAAAUUCGAGACACUGGCGAUGUUGCUGUCAAGCUUAAAGUUAAGUACCAGCAUUUUACUUGCUGGAAAUCUGCAUUUUAUCCAGUAGAAUGUCAAUGUUUAUGGCAUCAGACCUGUUAUGUUUUUUUGAAUAAUCUUAAGAUGCCUCUCAUCAUAAAUGCUCCUGUUAGAAUGAAAUGCUUUAUUAAAUCAACAUCGGCUUCAUAUUCCCUGUACAACAGUGUAUUGCAAUAAAUGGGAAUGAUCCUCAACAAU